GUGCAGCUGCUGCCUCCGGCCAGGGCGCGAAGCCGGGAGCCGCGGGCAUGGAGGAGCAGGCGGCCGGGCGCCCCCCGCCAGCAGCCUGAGGACGCCCCCCGGCCGCCGCCGCCGCCUGCCCAGCAUGGCCCUCCCGCUGCUCCUGGUGGCCGCCCUGCUGGCCCGCCGGGGGGGCGGCACCGAGAAGCCAGGUGGGUGCCGCGGAGCGGGGUGGGGAGUCGGACUGUGCCGCCUGCUUUUUCUCUUGGAGGCUUCGCCUGCAGCCCCCGGCUCCUGGCAGGGAAUAGUUCCUAUUGCAUGGGGAGGGAUGCAAAGCCAGGGUGCUCGGAGCAUGCACAGAGUGCCUUUUCAAGAAGGGCCGGCGGAGGCAAAGGUGCAGGAGGAGACGGUGCCAUGGCAGGGCGGGGGCAAGUCGGGGGUCCCGGCUCAAGUUGCAGCUUCUUGCAGCAGCAGCAACAACAAACUUCUAUGCAUUCCUUUGAAAAGAUCACUGCCUGCCAUCUAGACUUCAGUGGGUGCUUUGGAUGUUUGUGGACUGAAUCUGGGCAAAAGGCUGCUUGGAGCAGCGCCCCCCACUCCCCACUCACCAAUUCUAUUGUUUCCUUGGAAAUAUUUGUGGCAAGAUUGUGGCGGUGGUGGUGGGGAGCUGGGAGGCUCUCCUCCUCCUCCUCCUGGCAUCCGGCAGCCUGUUUUUAUUCAAGGGGGGCGGUGUGCUCCUUUGUAGAACCCGCUGGGCCUUCUCAGAAGAACGGAGGGAUCUAUCUUUGCUUUUCUGGAGUCCCAAUUGAGAAAGUGGAUAGAGAAAAGUUUUUCUCCCCGCCUUCUAACAUUGGAACUCACAAUCACCCAGUGAUGCUGAAUGUUGGAAGAUUCAGGACAGUGAAAAGAAAGGAGAUCUUCACGCAGUGCAGAGUUAAAUUGUGAGAUUCACUCCCGCAGGAGGCAGUGACAGCCACCAAGUUGGAUGGCUUUCGGCUGGCAUCCCUCUGUCUCGAGAGACAAUGGAGUGCACUUCCGGGGCUCCUGAAGUCAAACCAAUGGCUUUUAAAACAGAAGGAAGAGCCUGGCUGCAGGAUCAGACCACUGGCCUAUCUAGCUCUGCACCGCCUUCUCACAGUGGCCAACCAGGUGCCCCAAAGGGAAACCCCGCGAGCAGCACCUGAGUGCAAGAGCACUCUGCCCACCUGCAAAUUCCCUGCAGGUGGUAUAGGCAUCAUGGCUAAAAAGGUAAAGGUAAAGGGACCCCUGACCAUUAAGUCCAGUCGUGGCCGACUCUGGGGUUGUGGCGCUCAUCUUGCUUUACUGGCCAAGUACAGCUUCCAGGUCAUGUGGCCAGCAUGACUAAGCCGCUUCUGGCGAACCAGAGCAGCGCAUGGAAACGCCAUUUACCUUCCCGCCGGAGCAGUACCUAUUUAUCUACUUGCACUUUGAUGUGCUUUCGAACUGCUAGGUUGGCAGGAGCAGGGACCAAGCAACGGGAGCUCACCCCGUCGCGGGGAUUCGAACCGCUGACCUUCUGAUCGGCAAGUCCUAGGCUCUGUGGUUUAACCCACAGCGCCACCCAGGCAUCAUGGCUAGAAGCCCUUAAAAAAGGAUGAAAGACAUUCAUGAAAGAUAGCGCUUUCAAUAGUUACUGGCCACAAGGGCCAAAGUAUAUACCAGCUCAGGCAGCAUGAUGUUGAACGCCAGAGACUGGAACCUGCAGGAGGGGAGAGUGUUGUUGUUCUCAGGUCCCACUUGAGGGCUUUGCCUUGGGGCACCUGGUUGGCCACUGAGAGAACAGGAUGCUGGACUAGUUGGGCCCCCUUUGGCCUGACCAAGGAGCCAGGAUCACCUCCCGCUCUUGGCCUUAGGAGGACAGAGCGGAGGAAACUGGAGAUUUGUCUACCUGCACUCUCAGGUUCUGUCUGCCAGCCAGAGCUUAGGUGAUAAAGCUUUGGAAAUCACAGGUUGCCGCUUGUUGUUGUUUAGUCAUUUAGUCGUGUCUGACUCUUCAAUUCCAGCUUAGUAGAACAAUAAAACUUUAGAGCUGGAAGGGACCUUAAGGGUCAGGUAUGCCAACUCCUGGGGCCUCUCAAAAUCUCUGGGCAAGGGACCCCAAUGUUAAGGGGGCAUAGAAGGCUCCUGACAGUCAGACUCCCAGACUGUUCCUUCUCCAUGAGCCUCGAAAGCCAUCGCCAGACAAGAAGGUGUGCUGUGCCUUUGGCACCUUGGCGUGACCCUGCUGACGAGUCCAGCACAUCUUCAGCUUUAUAACCUUGUAGGAAAAAAUGCGCCUAGGCAUAUCCUUGCGGCGACCAUAACUCAGGUUUAAGGUGCCACUUGGCUCCUAGCUUUUAUAUCUCAGUUUCUAACACUGGCCUCACAACUGCCUCAUUGGGGCAAGAUCUGCUGGGAAGAGUUGCAGUGCUCAGUAGGUCUGAGCUGGGUUGUUUCUUUGAAUAAAGAGUUCACUGACACCUUGUGAGUUAUUGCUGACCGGCUUCUGGUCUAAAACACUUGGAAGGUGCCUUGUUGCUGCCUUUGAGGGACUGGCCCUUCCUAUUUCCGGAUGAUCAUUCCAAAGUAUUUCCUGCAGGGGUUGGUUCUGCCGACGCACAAGAUCCUGGCUAUGACGUCGUUCAUCCCGUCAAGGUGGACGAGCGAGGCUUUUUCCUCUCUUACAACCUGUCCUACCGCUCGCUGUACAAAAGGGCCAUCUCCUCGAGGAAUCGCCCGCUUGCUUUCUACAAGCUGUACCACCGAGGGCAGGAACUGAUGUUCAACCUGAGCCUGAACAGCCGCCUCCUGGCUCCCGGCUUCGUCAGUGAGAGACGGUUUGGAGGCAUCGCCCACGCCAAGAUCCAGGCUUACAAGCAGAACUUGUGUCAUAUGAUUGGGUCCGUUCAGAACCAGGAACAAGAAAGUGGAUUGGCUGCUCUAAGCACCUGUGAUGGGCUGGUAAGCAUCAUGGACUCUUUGCAUCUUAUGACGUAGAACCAUCAGAUCGUAGAAUUGUAGUUGCAAGGGACCCAGUGGGUCAUCUAGUCCAACCCCCUGCAAUAAAGGUAAAGGUAAAGGGACCCCUGACUAUUAGGUCCAGUCGUGGCCGACUCUGGGGUUGUGGUGCUCAUCUCGCUUUAUUGGCCGAGGGAGCCGGCGUACAGCUUCUGGGUCAUGUGGCCAGCAUGAAGAAGCUGCUUCUGGCGAACCAGAGCAGCGCACAGAAACGCUGUUUACCUUCCCGCCAGAGUGGUACCUAUUUAUCUACUUGCACUUUGAUGUGCUUUCGAACUGCUAGGUUGGCAGGAGCAGGGACCGAGCAAUGGGAGCUCACCCCGUUGCAGGGAUUCGAACCGCUGACCUUCUGAUUGGCAAGCCCUAGGUUCAGUGGUUUAACCCACAGCGCCACCCGCGUCUCUACCCCCUGCAAUAGCCAUCCCCUGCAAUAGCCAUCUUCAAAUAUCUCAAGGGCUGUUUUCUCCUACACUAGAGGGCAGGUCUUGAACCAAUGGCUCAAGUUACAAGAAAGGAGAGUCCAACUAAACAUAGGGGGAAACCUUCUGACAGUAAGAGCUGUUUGGCAGUGGAACGGUCUCCCUCUGGAGGUUGUGGACUCUCCUUCCUUGGAGGUUUAUAAGCAGAGGUUGGAUGGCCAUCUGUCAUGGAUGCUUUAGCUGAGAUUCCUGCACUGUAGAGGGUUGGACUAGAUGACCCUUGGGGUCCCUUCCAACUCUACAAUUCUGUGAUUCUAAUGUCUUCACCAACCUGGUGCCUUCCAGGUGUUUUGGACCACAGCUCCCAUCAACUCAACAUCAUUAGCCCCAGCCAGCAUGGCUGUGUUCUCAUCAUGACUGCGACUGAUGGGAGUUGUAGUCCAAGACACCUGGAGGGCACCAGGUUGGGGAAGCCUGGCAUAAAAACUGACCUGGUGGCUUUGAUGCAUUGUAGAGUUGGAAACUUCCUUAAUGGCAAGUUAUAAAUGCCGCUGACCUUCAGUGCAACAUCCCUCUUUUGUUAUGUUUUUGUACAACAUCUGGUUUGGCAAUUGUUGUUCGGCACGAGUAAAGGUAAUUAUAAGUCUCGUCUCCUUUGCAGGUUCUUUUUUCUUUUUUUAAAAAAGUAAUGUUUUAUUCUUAGAUAUUGUGAUUAAAGGAAACAAACAAGACUCCUGCAUGCCGUGCCCUGGAAAGCUUUGCAGAAGAGAUCAUGUGCAACACACAUGACAUUCUGAGACCACUGAUGUUGGGUGUCUCAUUCCACUCUCAGGGACGGUCCAAUCCUGAAAGGUUUUAUUAUAGUCAGGUUUGUUUAUUUAUUUAUUAUAUAACAGGUUCCUGGACUAGAUAGGUCAUUGGCUUCAUCCAGCAGGCUCUUCUUAUGUUCUUAUGUUGUUUGCAACCACAUCUGCAAACUCUUAAGACUUGGAAACUGAUGUACCGUAGUGAUGAUGACUCUUGUCGUCUCCAGAAAGGAGUCUUCCGGCUGGCUAAUGAAGACUUCUUUAUUGAUCCACUGCCUGAGAGCAACUCCAGGGAGAAGGCGGCCCAUCCCCACAGGAUAUAUAGACGCCACGUCCCAGAUUAUGAAGCCGAAGAGUUUAUUUCGGUCGUGAGCACGAAACAAGACAGGAAGCAGUCUGCCGUUGUCAGGAUGUGCGGGGUCCAAGGUAACUCCCCCCUCCUCCUGGUUCACAAAUGAUUUGUUGGCUGAAGGAAGCUUCCUAAUGUGUUAGCUUGCUUACUUUCCUCCCCGAGAUUGCAUGCUGACUUUGUUAUUUGAAAAUUCACAUUAUAUGUCCCCUAGAUGUGACAUUAACGGCAUGAAUGCUGCUCACAUGAAUGUACGUGUCAAUGUGAACAGCAGUCGUGGGUGAGAAAAGCAGAAUCAAGUCUGUAGCAGGGGACUUUUUAUCCAGAGAAAUGUUGAAUCCAUGCUUCUUAAUGGAAAUUACUGGGGACAUGUUUUCAGCUGUGGCUCAGCUAAGCAGACCAGGGCUGGUUUUGACUUUUUGAGCUCUAAAUACAGACUUCCCCAACCUGGUACCCUCCAGAUGUUUGGACUACACUCUCAUCAGCCCCAGCCAGCAUGGAUGAAAAGAGAACUUUAGAAGCAAUGUGCCUGCAAAAAAAAUGUCGGAAAAAUAUGUUUGUGCUGGCUGGGGCAGGUGGGGGUUGUAGUCCAAAACAUCUGGAGGGCACCAGGUUGGGGAAGGCUGUCCAAAAUCUUUUGGACACAAUUCAGAAGAGCAUUUUCUGCAUUUUUGCAGGGGAGUUGUUUCCAAAGUUCGCUUUCCAGCUGUCUAAUUGACCAUGACCGCAGUUCAAAGGCUGGAAGAGAGAGCGGGGAUUGUGUGCGAGUUGGUGCAGCCCUGACUGUGCAUUCCCCAAAGGGCAAGGUUUUCUUCAUGCCAUGCAGCUCCUAAAAAUCUCCAUCUAUGUUGCCACUGGGGAAAAAAAGCCUCUGGAGCAAAUUGGGGGAUGUUCUCGGUGGGUUUUGAUUGCACUUUGGGCCUCCCACCUUGCCUGGGAGGGUCUGACGUGUAGAUUUCACUUCGAGUCGAGACACUGAUUAGCCACGGAUACUGUUCCCCUACAGUAAACACUUUCCACCUGAAGGCAGCCUCGCUCGGGGGUGAGAAUUUGCCCCUGUUGCUUUUAGGAUCCCCCCUUCCAUUCAAAACAUGAUUUCAGAAGCUUUUCUGAACUACAACUCCCAUUACCCCUGCAGUUGGACUAUGCUGGUUACUGAAAGUUGUAGUUCAGUAACAUCUGGAGAGCCAAAGUUUUCCCACCCCUGGACUACAGCAAAAACUUGCCUGAAGAAUAAAAGUUGGGUGGUGGGCAUGCAUCCUUGUGGCAAAGGAAAGAGGUAUGUUGGAUCCCAUUAUUUGAGUGGGAAGAUGGUAUAGAUCCAGGGGUUGGAAGCCUGUUGGACAUCAGCUUCUACCAGUCCAAACCAGCAUGGUCAGUUGGCAGUGUUAGGAGUGGAAGCUGAAGAACAUCUGGAGAACUUCAGGUUCCCCAUCCUUGAGUGACAUCAGCCUCCCCAAGCCUGCUGCCCUCAGUGGUCAUGAGUGGUGGUGGGAGAUGGAGUCCAACCACAUCUGUAGGGCACAGAUGGACCCAUACCCCUGUUGAAGGGACCCAGAUGCUUCAAGGCUGACCAGCUUGCAGAGCAGCAGCAGCAGAGGGUCCCAGGCAUCCUCUCAUCUUCUCCUCUCAACCUCCAAGAAAGCCUCGAGACCUCUGAGAAGCAGAGAGAGAAGUGGGAGGAGAAGCGGCGGAGGAAGCGGCGGAUCAAGCAGCGCUCUGUCAGCAAGGAGAAGUGGGUGGAGACCCUGGUGGUGGCCGACACCAAGAUGGUCAAGUAUCACGGCAGCGAGAACGUCGAGAAGUACGUCCUGACGGUCAUGAACAUGGUGAGUCCUUCAGGGGUGGGAGAGAGAGAACCAGUCUUUGUGCUGGGUGGGGAAAGCUGUUCAGUGCACUAGACCAGUGGUUCCCAAACUUUUCCAGGCCAAUUCCUCUUUGGUCCCAUAAACUCAUCCCUAAUGCCCCCUACCCCAUAAAAAGUAUUAUUCAGAAUACAGUCAUACCUUGGCUUACAGAUGCUUCAGGUUGUGCAUUUUCGGGUUGCGCACCACAACGAACUUGGAAGUACCGGAACAGGUUACUUCCGGGUUUCGGCGCAUGCACAGAUGCGCUAAAUCACGCUUUGCGUAUGUGCAGAAGAGCCAAAUCGCAACCCACGCAUGCACAGAGACGGCACUGUGGGUUGCGAACGCUGUGGGUUGCGAACGUGCCUCCCGCACAGAUCACAUUCACAACCCGAGCGUCCACUGUAGUGGUUUGCAGAACCCACUAAAGAAGAUAGUAACAGGUCUAGAGUGAGAGACUAGGGUGAUCUCUGCUGUUGUGAGACUUUUGUGGGUGAACUGAGAGUUUGUUGGACCUUGGGCGAGAACCCAGAGACUGUGAGGGAGAGUGUGUCAGAAGAAAAAUGAAUUGAUACUGAUUUCUAUAUAUUAGUAACAUUCAUAUUAAUGUAACAUUUUUAUAGGUACAGUCAUACCUUGGAUCUCAAACACCUUGGCUCCUGAACAAAUUGGCUCCCGAACGAUCAAACAAUCGAAACCCAGAGUGUUCUGGUUUUCGAACGUUCUUUUGGAAGCUGAAUGUCCAAUGGGGCUUCUGCAGCUUCUGAUUGGCUUCAGGAGCUUCCUGCAGCCAAUCAGAAGCCAUGCUUUGGUUUCUGAACAUUUUGGAAGUCGAACAGACUUCCGGAACAGAUUCCGUUCGACUUCCAAGGUACGACUGUAACUGUGUGUGAAAUUUUUAUCACUUCUUAACUCUAAAUCAGAAGAAAAGGCAAUCUGUGUAAAAUCCUAUUGCUGUUUAUUCCAAUUCAGCGCCAAACUGCCGCUUUCCCCAGAGGAGCCCUAUGUCGGGUUCAUCAGCUUCAGUGGGUCUGCUCUGAGCAGGACUUGCAUUGAACACCAGCCUUGAUCUUCUGAGGACCAAGUGUAGCAUGGUGGUUAGAAUGCCAGACUAAGACCUGAGAGACCAGGGUUCAAAUCCCCACUUGGCUAUGAAGCUAACUGGGUGACCUUGGGCCGGCCACUGCCUUUCUCAGUCCAGCCUACCUCACAGGGGUUUGAAUGAGGAGGGGGAGAAGCAUGUAUUGCUUGGAGAAAAAGGUGGGAUAUAAAUCCAAUGAAUGAGUGCGAGUUACAAAGGGAGUGUGGUGAUAGCGGGGUCUUGCCACCCUCCACCCCCUGAGCCUUCAUCAGCUCUGUUUCUCCUUUGGCGCAGGUGGCCGGAAUGUUCCACGAUGCCAGCAUUGGGAACCCUAUCCAUGUUUCCAUUGUGCGCCUUAUCUUCCUGGAAGAAGAAGAGGUACAAAGAGGCUUUUAAUACUGCUGUGCUGUUUUCAUUAUCUGUAUUUUAAUUGAUUCAGGUGUUUAUUAUUAUUAUUAUUAUUAUUAUUAUUAUUAUUAUUUUAUUAGUUUAAUUACUUUUUAACAAUUGCAUUCUAUACGCUUUUAGCUUUUUGCAUUUUAUCUGCAUCAUUUUUUAUUUGUGUAAGCUGCCUUGAGUUCUGGUCUGGGGAAAAUGUGGUAUAUAAAGAAAUAUAAUAAUAACAGAAGCAUUUAGCUGUGAAUUCUACAUUGCAGGGGGUAGGACUAGAUGACCGUUUGGGUCCCUCUUGUCUCUACAAUUCUAUGAUUCUGAGGUUAGCUAGUACACCUUCUGUUCCUGCCAGCACAUCACAGGAUAUAGGAGCAACUUUCUGCAAUUAGGUUGAACAGGCCUCUGGGAAUUUAGGUGCCUCUCUGCACAACCCGCAGACCACAUAGCAAUUUCUCCCUGAAGCAAUUUCAGUGGCUUUUUCAGGCUUCCCCUGUCAGCCGAGCGCUGCCUCUGUGAAAGGCAGGAAGUGUUUCUAGAAAGGCGGUGGUUUGCACCGGUGAGGGUCCUUCAUGCACGAGUCUUCUAAUUUGUCUAUGGGUGUGUGCAUUUCUGUGCAGAUUAGGCUGCUGGGGUGUGUUGGGAGGAGAUGUUAUGUGCUUGUAUUGCGUGCUUAUGCAUGCAAUUAUUGGGGAGGGGGAAUCUUCAAGGCAGGGCUGGACCAACGGCAAGAGAUGAUGCUCAAGGCAAUGACACCAAUAGGCACAUCAGUGAUGCGAUACACGAGGCCCAGGAUCUCUUGAAACGCUGGCCGGGGCUGCUGGAAAUCAUAGUCCAAAAUGUCUGGAGAGUGCAGCUGCUUGGCAAAGGCCUGUUUAGUAUCUGACCCUAUUAUGAGCUUUGUAAAUAAUAAGGUGGAGGACACAGAGUGCUGGGACGCAGGUGGAACUGUGGGUUAAACCACAAAGCCUAGGACUUGCCAAUCAGAAGGUGGGCGGUUCGAAUCCCUGCGACGGGGUGAGCUCCUGUUGCUCGGUCCCUGCUCCUGCCAACCUAGCAGUUCGAAAGCACGUCAAAGUGCAAGUAGAUAAAUAGGGAAGGUAAACGGCGUUUCCGUGCGCUGCUCUGGUUCGCCAGAAGCGGCUUAGUCAUGCUGGCCACAUGACCUGGAAGCUGUCUGCAGACAAACGCUGGCUCCCUCAGCCAAUAAAGCGAGAUGAGCGCUGCAACCCCAGAGUCGGUCACGACUGGACCUAAUGGUCAGGGGUCCCUUUACCUUUACCUUAAAUAAUAAGGUGGAGGACACAGAGUAAUGGGAAUGCCCCCAAAGUGUGUCUUGAUGGAAUGCUAAACAGGAAUACAACGCAAAGCAUAGAAUCAUAGAAUUGAAGAGCUGAAAGGGACCUCAAGGGUCAUGUAGACCAACACUCUGCAGUGCAGGAGUCACAGCUAAAGGAUCCCUGACAGAUGGCCAGCCAACCUCUGCUUAAAAACCCCCACUGAUGGAGAGAGUCCACCACCUUCCGAGGGAGUCUGUUCCACUUUUGCUAACGGAAAUUUUAUCCUAGUAUUUAGUCAGAAUCUCCUUUCUUGUUGUUUGAAUCCAUUGGUUCCAGUCUUCCCCUCUGGAGCAGCAGAACUUGCUCCAUCUUCCAUGUGGCGGGCAGCCCUUCCGAUAUUGGAAUAUGGCUAUCAUACCUCCUCUCAGUCUCUUCUUCUCCAGACUAAACAUACCCUUCUCCCUCAACUGUUUCUCAUAAGGCUUGACUUCCAGGCCCUUGAUCAUCCUGGUCCUCCUCUUGUGCAAAACCUUCCAGCUGGUCAACAUCCUUCUUAAAUAGUGAUGCCCAGAACUGGGCACAGGUGGGGUUGGACUAAAGUAUCUCAUCUCCAUUUCUGUAGGACGACCUGAAAAUCACUCACCAUGCAGACAACACCUUGAGGAGUUUCUGCAAAUGGCAGAAGGCCAUCAAUGUGAAGGGGGACGACCAUCCGCUGCACCACGACGUGGCUGUCCUGCUCACAAGGUAUAGCUCUGCUCAGGCUCUGCGCUGGCGCUACCACACAUUUCUUUGAAGGCAUUUAUAAACCGCCCAACAUUUUCUUAGGUCUCUGAGUGGUAAGUCCAUGCGCUACGAACAAGGGCAUCCCAUGUGGUUCCCCACUGAUGUCGUAGGUUUCUAGAUCCCUUCGGUCCCAGCUGGCAGAGCCAGCGAUUGGGGUGGUAAAGAGAGCUGGAGGCAUCAUACAACAUGGAGCCUGUGUGGUGCAUUGGGUCCGUGCAUCUGGCUGUUAACCAGAAGGUUGGUGGUUCAAGCCCACCCAGGGACGGCUAUGGGCAGGAUUCCUGCAUUUUAGGGGGUUGUACUAGAUGACCCUUGGGGGUGCAUUCCAACUACACAAUUCUGUGAACAUCUGGAGGGCACCAGGUUUGUUUGUUUUAUUUCUUACAUAUAUAUAUAGCAUCUUUUAAUAUUUUAAUAUUUUGUUGGAAACUGCCCAGAGUGGCUGGGAAGCCCAACUAGAUGGGCAGGGUAUAAAUAAUAAAUUAUGAUGAUGAUGAUGAUAUUUUCCUUGCAAGGAGCUCAAGGCAGUGUACAUGGUUCUCCUGCUUGUCUUCCCCACCCCACCCCCUACAAAUAAUUUUUAUUGGUUUUCAUGUAAAUACAAAAACGACAUAUAGCUACAGUAACUUGUCCAGUGGUACAUUAAGUUUCAUAUGCAGUACACAGUACACAAGCAGUGUGUUAAUUUUUUCAUUAUCAAUUCAAGUAUCCUCCUACAUACUUUCGGCUGAGGGGGAGGGAUUGAACCAAGGUCACCCAGUGAGCUUCCUGGCCAAGUGGGGAUUCGAACCCUGAUCUCCCAGGUCCGACAAUCUAACAGCUACAUUACACUGGCUGUUAUCUACUCAGAUUGGAAUGAAUAUGCAAUUAACAGCGGAUGUGAUAGAACCUCUGCACAACCCUUUAUGCAAACACACCAGGCUGAUUGCUGCCUCUUUUUCCUCAUGUGUGUGUUUCCUGCCUGCCUGGGGAAGGAAAGACCUCUGUGCCGCCAUGAACCGUCCCUGUGAGACUCUCGGCCUGUCUCACGUCUCCGGCAUGUGCCAGCCUCACAGGAGCUGCAACAUCAACGAGGACACGGGGCUCCCUUUGGCCUUCACUGUGGCUCACGAACUUGGACACAGGUACUGGAGGGGCAGCGCUCGUUGAUCACACAAUCCAUAGCUAAACUGUGGAACUCCCUCCCACAGGAUAAAGUGAUGGCCACCAAUCUAGAUGCUUUGAAAAAUGGGUUUGACAAAUUUGUGGAGGAGAGGACUAUUGAUGGCUACUAGCCAUGAUGCCCAUGCUCCACGGUUGGAGGCAGCAAUGCUUUUGAAUGCCGGUUGCUGGAAAACAGAGGAGGGGAGAAGGUUCUUGUGCUCAGAUCCUGCUUGAGCUGGGGCUGAUGGGAGUUGUAGUCCAAAACAUUUGGAGGUCACCAGGUCUGGGAAUGCUGCAUUUAGAGCAGGGGUCGGCAACAUGCGGCCCACAAAGACCGUUUUACCAGCCCACAAGCCGCCCCUGAACCAAGCUGCCUGCUCGGUGAGUCCCCCACGCACUGCACUAAACUGGUGCAGCACGGGGACUUGCUGAGUGGCACCGGAAAUGGCGUCUGCGCAUGCACAGAUACUGGAAAUCGCGUCUGCGCAUGUCUAGAAGCCGAAAAGCGCUUCGGCGCAGGCGUGAUUUUCGGCAUCUGAGCAUGCACAGAAGCAAUUUCUGGCGCCGUGGACAUGCACAGAUGCAAUUUCCAGCAUCACGCUGCACCAGUCCGGCCCACGGAUGAUCUCCGUGGGAGUGAUCCAGCCCAUGGCCGGUAAACCUUCCCAACCCCUGAUUUAGAGCCUACUACCUCCCUCUUCCCGCAGACAGCAUGGCCCCAGUGUCACAUGACCCUGCUGGCUGGGGCUGAUGGGAAUUGUAGUCUCAACCCCUCUGGAGAGCACUCGGUCGGCCAAGGCUGAUCCCUCAAAGGCUCGGGGAGGGAAGACUCCCGCCCCGGGGUGUGUGGAUGCAAAUUUGGCUUCCGUCCCGGAUCUUGGGGUGCCCCCUUGAAGCUCCUUUGCGGUCGUGUCUCUGGGCGCGUGGCUCACCUCCCCCUUUGCGGGGCUGUGCUCUUACAGUUUUGGGAUUCAGCAUGACGGAAGCGGCAAUGACUGUGAGCCAGUUGGGAAAAGACCUUUCAUCAUGUCUCCACAGCUCCUGUACGACACCUCGCCACUCACCUGGUCCCACUGCAGCAGGGAGUACAUCACCCGCUUCCUCGAGUAAGUCUGGGGGCCAUUACCAUUGGCGUAGCUCUCGAUAGCUGUGGCUGUGAUGCAGGGGUCGUUGUUUACUCUGUGUGUGUUGGAGGGGUGGGGCGAGGCAUUGGGGCAUUUGGGUCAAUGAAACGGCUUAAGCCCCAAAUACCUGAAAGAUCGUCUCCUUCCCUACAGACCCUCUCGGGUGCUGACAUCAGCAGAGAGGGCUCCUGCAGUCAAUGCCCCUUUAGGCUUUUGAACUUUUUUUUUAACAUGGUGGUUUUUGAAUUAUGAACCAUAGAAUCAUAUAACUGUAGAGUUGGAACAGACCGCGAAGGUCCUCUAGUCCAAGGACUCUUGCCUAACGUGGGGCUUGAACCCACAACUCUGAGAUUAAGAGUCUCAUGCUCUACCGACUGAGUCACAAGCCAUGGACUUCUGCAGGAAUGGCACACUGCAAAUGAUAGUCACACCUGUGCCUGCUCACACCUAUGCCAUUUCGAAGAUUAUGCAAUAAUCCCAUAAAUAUACAAUAAUAAUAAUGACCAGGGCAGAUCUCCGUGCAUUGCCUUUCAGGUAGUUCUGCUCAGUGCUAUGUUUCUAGAAAAAGUGGUGCUGGAACGCACCAUGAACACCUCCCUUGUUCUCUUAUAAUGGCAGUGGUGCCCUCUACAGAGGUGCCGGAACUGAGUUCUGGCAAGUUCUGGCAAGUUCUGGCUGGAAAAAAUAGACUUGGAUCUACUAUUUUCUGUGCACGUACACGGGCAAAUUAUUUGGGGAGCUUCAAGAUCUUCUUUCAGGUGACUUCAGUUGUGUUUUCAUUGAAGUUUCAUGGUACAUAGGAGAACUUGCACCCCACUCUCUUGAAACAGAAGGCCCACCUGUCUUUUCUUGGUUCUCAGUGCUUAACUUUGAAGCACACAGUGGCUGAAAAGUUUCCUUUUCAUGCUGAUGAGGCAGUUCUAGGAGGCUUGAGGCAGGGACCCCACUGCAGAAAUUUGCCCCUCACCCUGAUCCCAUACCCUCCUACAUUUAUCUGAUGAAAAUAAGGACAAAUAAGAAAAUAAGGAUUCAAUAACAACAACAAUAACAAUAGUAAAGGUAAAGGGACCCCUGACCGUUAGGUCCAGUUGCGGCCGACUCUGGGUUUGCAGCGCUCAUCUCGCUUUACUGGCCGAGGGAGCCGGCGUACAGCUUCCGAGUCAUGUGGCCAGCAUGACUAAGCCUCUUCUGGAGAACCAGAGCAGCGCACGGAAAUGCCGUUUACCUUCCCGCCUAUUUAUCUACUUGCACUUUGAUGUGCUUUCGAACUACUAGGUUGGCAGGAGCAGGGACCGAGCAACAGGAGCUCACCCUGUUGCGGAGAUUCAAACCGCCGACCUUCUGAUCGGCAAGCCCUAGGCUCUGUGGUUUAGACCACAGCACCACCUGCGUCCCUCCUAAUAACAAUAGUAUUUUUUACUAUUUAUGCCCUACCCAUUGGUCUGGUUGCCCCAGCUGCUCUGAGUGGCUUCCAACAUAUAUAAAAACAUAAUAAAACAAUUAAAUAUUUUUUAAAAAAACCUUCCCUAUACAGAGCUGCCUUCAGGUGUCUUCUAAAGGUUGAAUAGUUACUUAUCUCUUUGACUCGGGGGUCGCAUAACACUACAUCACUGGAUGGCUGUAUGUGGGUCAACACUCAGAAUUGAACAGUGUGUGGGUUACAUGAAUGAGAGAUAAACAGUUAAAGCCUUGAUCAAGGAGGGGCUUGGUUCUGCCUUGGCCCUGUGCUUCUAGUGUGGACUCCAGCCCUGUCCCAGAUGAGACUGGUCCUCUUGGAAAGGUUGUGCCAAAUUCUUUCCUCCGGCAUUGUUUAUUUUUAACACCUCCUUGCUGCCAAUUCCUGCCUCCCCCCAGGGCACUUAAGCCAAGCGCCUGGGGAUUGGGGGUCUGUCUGUCAGCUCCUGCUUGGCCCAGCUGCUCUUCCCCGCUUUGGCUCUUGUAGAAAAGAACCACAGAGGUUGUGAGGGCAGCAGCUGCAGUCCAGCUGCUUGUCAGCCCUUUUCUUGCUAUUUCUUGUGACAGAGCAAGCAACCAGCACCUUAGCCCAGAUUUCAGGCCCGUGGCUCCAAGGCAGCGAAUGAGCCAAGCCAUUCAGGCCUUGCCUUGGGCUCACUUGGGAAUGAGGUGGAACCCUGCCUAAAGGCUCGAGGUCUGCUUGCAGAGGCCAUUGUGUCAGAUAAGAGGUCCUGGGGCUCAAGCCAAGCUGGAAAUUCAGGUGGCUUUGCUGGCGUGUAGUACCUUCCAUCAGCUUCAGCUGGUGGCCCAACUCUGCCCCUAUCCAGACAGCGAUAGCCUAACUUCUGUCAUCCAUGUCCUGGUAACCUAGGUUAGAUUACAGUGGUACCUCAAGUUAAGUACUUAAUUCGUUCCAGAGGUCUGUUCUUAACCUGAAACUGUUCUUAACCUGAAGCACCACUUUAGCUAAUGGGGCCUCCCACUGCCGCUGCGCUGCCGGAGCCCGAUUUCUGUUCUCAUCCUGAAGCAAAGUUCUUAACCCGAGGUACUAUUUCUGGGUUAGUGGAGUCUGUAACCUGAAGCGUAUGUAACCCGAGGUACCACUGUACUGCAACAUGUUAUAUGUGUGGCUGCCUCUGAAGACUGUUGGGAAACUUCAGCUGGUGCAGAAUUUGGUCGCCUGGUUGCUCACUUGGGCAAGACAGUUUUGAGCAUAUUACACCAGUCCUGGCCCAGCUGCACUGGCUGCCAAUUUGUUUCCAGGCCCAAUUCAGAGCGCUGGUUUUGACCUAUAAAGCCUUUGUUGCAUAUCUUUAGGUACCAGGUGAAAACAUUCCCCUUCUCCCAGGCCUUUGGCUAAUUCAGCAACCCAUGGCUUUGUGUUCACCCCUUUCAUUUGGGUCUUUCUCUCCACAGCCGGGGCUGGGGGCUCUGCCUGGACGACCCACCGGCCAAAGAUGUGAUCGACUUCCCCUCCAUCCCUCCGGGAGUCCUCUACGAUGUCAGUCACCAGUGCCGGCUCCAAUAUGGUGCCUACUCCACCUACUGUGAAGAUAUGGAUGUAAGGAGGGGCUGGAGCCUUGGGGGCUCCCCAGUUAUUUUGGAUACAGCAGCAGCAUCAAAUUCCAAACAGGGUAUGCAGGUGGGGUGGGGUCUAAUCUCGUCCGAGAAACUCUCUCCAGAAGGAAACUUCAGUGGAGAGGAGGCCAGUUCAGCCAAGAUUUGGGUAAGCAGCUCACCCCUGGUAGAGCCAGUACUGUGACCAUAGAAUCACACAACUGUAAAGGUGGAAGGGACCCCCAAAGGUCAUCUAGUCCAACCGUCUGCAGUGCAGGAACCAGAGCUAAAGAAUCCUUGACAGAUGGCCAUCCGACUUCUGUAUAAAAACUGCCAAUGAAGGAGAGCUCCACAGCCCAGUGGGGGAUUCAAAUCCUGGCCUCCCAGGUCCCAGUCUGGGGCUCUAACCACUACACCACACAAGCAUUUCCUCCAUUCCUCUUCCCCCACUUUCUGCUGUAUGCUCACCUUUCCCAUGCUAGCCUCCCACACCAUGAAAGUUUAGGCCAGCCUUCCCCGACCUUGCACCCUCCAGAUCUUUUGGACUACAGUUCCCAUCGGUCUCAGUCACACUGUGUUGGGGCUGAUGGAAGUUGUAGUCCAAAACAUCUAGAGGGCACCCGAUUGGGGAAGGCUGACUUAGAUUGUAAUGUCCUUGGAACAGGGACCUGUCCAUUUUCGCUUGUCUUUACUUUAUCAAGCACCAUCUAUACAUUGAUGGUUCUAUGUAAAGAAUGCCAAUUUCAUUGCCUUUCUUACUGUGCUCCUUUCAAAUUGGUCUUUGGUUCACACAAGACUGUCAAAAAGAAUCCAGAGUGUUGGGGGCCACAUUGGCAGGGAAACUGCACUGCCUGGAUUUGGAGAUGAGAAAGGAAUAAGUGGGAGCUUCUCCCCUUUUCUCUUCUGUAGGGCAGUGUGGGGCUCAUUCCACCCAUAAGGAGAAAAAAACUCCUCACCUUUUUUUUUUUGCCUUCUCAUCUUACAGAGUGUCUGCAGCACGCUGUGGUGCUCCGUGGGGAACACAUGUCACUCCAAGCUGGAUGCAGCGGUCGAUGGCACCAAAUGCGACGAAGGCAAGGUAAUUCCCCUGCAAACGCAUGCUCCUCUGGACUAGGAGCUGGGUUCAAAUCCUCACUCAGCCAUGAAGCUCACUGGGUAGUGAGCACAGGCUACCUCUGUUAUUGCAACUUAAGAAGAUUUUACUUUCCUCCACGCUUUCCAGGCAUGGUCCAUGCUACUUUAAAGCUCUGUGCCGAAGCGCCUCGCCAUUUCUGCUUUAAAGGGCAGGUUUUCACGGGGAAAACUCCAGGGCGGAAAAAAACGGAGCACUCUGCUAUGGAACUUUAAAGUGCAGAGCUGUGCCUGAAAAGUACAGGGCAAAAGGUGUGUGUGAAUAAGCCCUCAGUGCAGACAAUACUGAGCUAGAUAGAUGCGUGGUCAGACCUGGUUUAAGGGAGCUUUUUGUGUUCCCACUGCCGGAUUUGGCUUCUACUUGGCUCUAUAAAAUGCACUCUUGCUCAGUAUAUACAGACAGCCACUCUUUCCUUUCUUUCCACUGCAAAGAAAGAGCGUUCCAAUUAGAGCUGGAGAUGGAACCCAAAUUACUCUUGGCUUUAUUGUUUUUAUUUUUUUAAAGGAGAGCAUCUCAAGUUUCUUCCUCCCGCUGGCUUUGGGUGCAACCUGAGAUGUUCACACACCAGCCACAGGCUGCCUUCAUUAAAUCUGUCAGGGCCCUCUCCCAAUUCUGCCUUAAAACUAUCCCAAACUGCAGGCUGAGAGGCUGCUUUUACAAAAUCCACAAAAUCCUUUUUUCCGCAACCCCCUCUUCUUCUUCUUUUUAUUUUAAAGAAAGCUUCCAGCCUCAUGAAGACUUUUGCAAACUUGAGAGCUCACUCACUGCUCUACAACCUUUCAUUUGGACAUAAUGUUUAUUACAUCUAUUUUAUUAAUUUGGUUUAUGAGUCACCUCAUAAAAAGUGCUCUCUAGGCUACGAUAAUGGUUUUAUUCUACUAUUAGCUUCUCGGUUCGGAUCAUGCCAUUUGUUCUGGUCGUGAGGCUUUUAGGACAUAAUUUCCCCUCUUUUAAAGCUGUCACGAGUUAAAGAGAAUUUGUGAGUCAUGCUCUGCUGGUUUGCGGAUAAAACAUUGUACUUAAUUAGGAAGACCGUUCGAGGGAAAAUGAUCAAACUGCCUGCUUCAGGCUUGCAUUUUCAGAUAUUGCCUGUGGGUUUUCUAAAAUAACUCCCCAAACAUGAAGCCCAGAAUCUUCCUCAUACACACACACACACACACACGUGUCUAUUUAUAUGAUUGCUAAGGUAUUGAAGUUCUGCUACAGUUGUUAGAGUUUAGAGAUGUAGUCCAAAACAUCUGGAUGGUACCAGGUUGGAAGAAGGCUUUGCCUGAGCCUGGAUGUACAGGCCAGCCUCAUCUGAUGUACUCCUCCUCCUUCCCUUCCUCCACAGUGGUGCUUCAAUGGGGAAUGUGUCCAUAUGGGAUACCGCCCCGAGUCCAUCAACGGAGGCUGGGCAGCCUGGAGUUCCUGGGCGGCCUGUUCUCGGACUUGUGGGGCGGGCGUGCAGAACGCAGAGCGGCAGUGCAACAGCCCCACGUAAGUGACUGACCGUUCUGCUUGCAGUGGUGGCGAGCGAGGGGGGCAUAUGAGAACAUGAGAAGAGCAUCGGGUGGAUCAGGCCAGUGAUUCUUCUAGUCCAGCAUCCUGUCUAUGAAUUUGUCUAAUGCUCUUUGAAAGCCAUCCAAGUUGGUGGCCAUCACUGCCUCCGGUGGGAUGGAGUUCCAUAGGUUAACUAUGCACCAUGGGUGUAGCCAGGAUUUAUGUUGCCCGGGCCGGGGGGCGGGCAGGACACCCACCUGUCCUCAUCCUCUGUCUGCCUCUGUCUAGCAGAUUCGGAAUGAAAUGUCUCGACAACUGUUGUUUUAAAUUACCUUCUUUUGAGCCCAAGUGCUCAGAAAAAACCUGUCGAAAUCUUCAGUCGUUUGAAAACUAGGAAGUUAAAUUUAAAAAUUAACAUCAGGGAGUACCUUUCAUGUGCCACAACAUCAUCAGCGAGCAUUUCAGUUUCAGAUACAGUGGUACCUCGGGUUAAGUACUUAAUUUGUUCCAGAGGUCCGUUCUUAACCUGAAACUGUUCUUAACCUGAACCACCACUUUAGCUAAUGGGGCCUCCUGCUGCUGCCACGCCGCCGGAGCACGAUUUCUGUUCUCAACCUGAAGCAAAGUUCUUAACCCGCGGUACUAUUUCUGGGUUAGCGGAGUCUGUAACCUGAAGUGAAUGUAACCUGAAGCAUAUGUAACCCGAGGUACCACUGUAUUCUGAUUAUUUCUACUUUCAGUUAAGUAUUUUUAUUUAUUUACUUGAUGGGGGGGGCAGCUGCCUCCCCUGCCCCCUGGCUGCGCCCAUGCUGUGUGCUGCGUGAAGGACUUUUCUUUGAUCGGGCCUGAAUCUUCCAGCAUUCAGCUUCCCUGGAUGUCCACGAGUUCUAGCAUAAUGAGAGAAGGAGAUAUGUGGUCCCCUUUCUCCCUGGCCAUCCAACCUCUGCUUAAGAACCCCCAAUGAAGGAGAGCCCCCUGCUUUCCAAGGUCAUAUGUUCCGCUGUCAAACAGCUGUUAUGGUCAGAUAGUUCUUCCUAAUGUGGGUGUUCGUCGGUCUUUCUGUCCCAACCUCAGGCCAAAGUACGGUGGGAAGUAUUGCCUGGGGGAGAGGAAGCGCUUCAGGGUUUGCAACACCAAGCCCUGCCCGUCCGACGGACCCUCUUUCCGCCAGCUCCAAUGCAGCCGCUUCAACGGCAGAGCCUACAAGGGGAAGCUGUACAAAUGGACCCCACUCCCUAAUAACAGUGAGUCCACCUCUCUCUCUCUCUCUCCAGCAAAACAGCAAAGAUGUAUUUAUGCAUGUAUGCAUGUAUUAGUAUUCCACCUUUCCUCCAAAAUGUGGUAUACAUGGUUUUCUGCAUUUCACUCGCACAGCGACCCUGGCAGGUAGUCUAGGCUGAGGGAGGUAGCAACUGGCCCAAGGCCACCUGUUAGAUUCAUGGCAGAUAUAAGUCCUGGUCUCCUAGGCCCCAGUCCAGGACUCUGACUACUGCUGAAUUUAUACGAUUACUCCUGCGGUUAUUUAAAACAUUUAUUUGUUUACUUAUUUGCAGCAUUUCUAUUCCACUUUUCCUCCAAGGAGCUCAAGGUGGCCUAUACAGUUGCCUGCCCCCCUUUCAAUCUCCACAACAACUCUGUGAGGUAGGUUAGGCAGAGAGGAAGUUGCCAGCCCAAGGUCACCCAGUGAGCUUCUUAGCAGUGAGGGGAUUUGAACCCUGGUCUCCCAAUUCCUGUUUCGGCACUCUAACCACUGCACCACGCUGCUGUUCCUCCGGGCAAUAGCAGAGCAGUUCAAAGAAGACAAAACACACACACACAUUAAUCUAUUUAUAACAUCAGUAGGAUUAUAUUCAUGGUUGUGUGUGUGUGUGUGUGAGAGAGAGAGAGAGAGGGUGGGGGGUGGGUAGGACCUGAGAGACUUGGGUUCAAAUCCCCACUUGGACAAGAAACUGACUAGUUGACCUUAGGCCAGUCACUGCCUCUCAGCCUAACCUACCUCACAGGGUUGUUGUGGAGAUUAAAUAAGGAGGGAGAGAACCACGGACGCAACCUUGAUCUCCUUAGAGGAAAAAAGUGGGAUAUGGAAUGUAAUAAAUAAAAAUCCAUACUGUAGCUAUGCACACACAGGCACCAAGCUAAAAACUUAAGCAGCCAGCAAGUGCUUGUGUGGACAAGAAAGUCUCAAGGAGGUGCCAAGAUCUCAUCAGAGUCAGCGCCUGCCUUAGCUCAGAUAAAUGUGUGUUUAUUUAUAGAAGUAUUAUUUAUAUAUGACCCUUUUGUAAGAUAUCAGGGCAGUGUACAGCAAUAUUAACAUAUUUUAAAAUGAGAAGCAUUCACUGAGCUGACUAGCUAAUCAAUGGCCAUUUUAAACAGCUGCUCAGGCUGGUCAGCAUAAAAAAAACCUUCAAAAUCAAAAGUGAGGGUGCCCGCCACAUCUCUGCAUGGGACCAGCAAUGUGUAACACCUCAUGUAUUGAAUACCUAAUGCUGGCAAGCUGUUCUUUGGCCACACGGCUUGAGGAGACGAGAGGAGAGGCAGUCAAGUGUCUGGACUUUUCUCUCUGACAUCCGCAGUUAACCCUUGCGAACUUCACUGUCGCCCGGAGAACGAGUACUUUGCAGAAAAGCUCCGCGACGCUGUCAUUGACGGGACCCCGUGUCAUGAAGGAAAUUUGAGCCGAGACAUGUGCAUUAAUGGGAUCUGUAAGGUAAGAGAGGUUUGGGGAAGUGUGACUCCCUGGAUGGAGGAGAGAGAGAGAGUUUAGAGACUAGCCCUCGCCCUGUAAGAAGAUCCCUGCAUGUAGUAAUCUAGCAUAUUGAAGUGUGCUGUGCUAACAUUCUACAUGCAGGGCAUGGUGAGUCAGGUGAAGAGAGCCUUCAGAGACACAGCCCUGCAAUCCAAGGUGGUGGUGCAAUCCAGUGAGAUAGGAAAGCAAGGAGCUAAAUGGCCCCUUAAACCUAGGUUAUGGGCACAACAACGUAAUGUCUAGGCGUGCCUUUUUUAUAACAAGAAUACAAAGCUGAAAAUGAAUGAAUUGCAGCUAAAAUAUGAUGUUCAUUUUUCACAUGGUCUAUUCCUUCCCUUGCCCAACCCCCUAAUAUUCUUAUGAGGAUCUCUUCUCCAGUCUUCAGAGAGGGGCUGGAGCUGGGGAGGCAGAAAAAGGCCUUCUUUCCUACUACUCUGCAAUUUUAAUCUGAAAUCUUAGGAGCAGUAUGCACCCAGAGCUCAGAAACGGCUCGCCCUAAUGAGAUUCCCUGUCGCAAAAUGUGCCUAGAACAAUGGGAGUUUCGAACACUGGUGCAAUCUAGAACCCAGCCACUUUACAUUCUGUAUUGUGGCCAAAUCUGCCCGGGUAGGCAGGGUCUCUGUGAGUGGAAAGAGACCAUGGAAACAGUAAGCAUGGAAUUUCUUGCAAACCCUGACGAUGCCUAAGGUUUCCGGAGGAAAGGAACAAAUCCAGAGUUCCCCUGCCAAACCUAGCCUGGCAACUUCUCUCCCUGAUAAAGGAAGGUCCCCCUGGAGAGUUUUAAAAUAGCCUGUCGCUGACUCCAGUGGAUUAAGUGAUCAGAGAGGCUGGUGCGCCAGAGAAGGAUUCAAAACCCUCCAAGUGAUGACAGCUGAAUGGGGAUGUAGAGCAAUCCAUACUUUGCCUCUUCCGGCUUCUCAGAGAGGAACAGGAAAUUGGGGGUGGGGAGGGUCUCCUCAUGAGUUGGAGCAGUGCAUGAGCCUAGUCUAAAGUGGCUGCUGGCCUGUCUUUCCUCAUCCCUGCAGCCUAUUAGAAUUUAUGUAAUGGUCUCUUUAUACAUGUAUAUCCUGCACAUUGCAAGUCCAGUGACUGUGUAAUAAAUGCAUGCGCCCUUGAGCUUUUGCCCUGGACUUUCAGAGAGCAAGCCUGGAUUUUCGCCUCAGAAGUCAGCCAGUGUGAAGAUCCAGUCGACCCCACCCAAGCAGCCCCUAGGUUUUUGGACUACAGUUCCCCUCAGUUGCUCUGGAGGUGGCUAACCCAUCACCCGUCCCUGAUGCCUUUCAGAACGUCGGUUGUGACUAUGAGAUUGACUCCUAUGCUGUGGAGGAUCGAUGCGGCGUGUGCCGUGGAGACGGGUCGACCUGCGAGACCGUCAAGAAGACCUUUGAGGAGAGCGAUGGGCUGGGUGAGGAUGUUUCUGCCAGAUUUGAGGGCCCGGUUGGGAAUAAGGUGGGAUGUCAGAGGAUAGAAAUGGAAAUGGGACUGCCUGCAAUGAAUGAACAUGGAUCAGAACAUAAAUGGAUGCCUACUGAAGUAUAGGUCGGUUCCUAUACUAUAUAAUAACAGCAAGAACCUUUAUUGAACUAACAGAACUGGACAACAAGGGCAAAGCAACUGCUUAUAUACAUUUCUGAAGGCCUGGGCCACUCCCACUCCAAACAUGAUUGGCUGUCAAAACUUCCAAUCAGCGAAUCAUGACUCAGAGUUUAAGGGCCAAUGGCAGAGGCCCAAAUCCUGAAAUGUUCUGUGAUUGGAUAUCAUGUAUCGAAUCAGAACACAGGGGCUCAGAAUCCUUGGUCCAGACUGAAGCUCAGGCAAACACAGAGUACUGAAUACACAACACCUACCAACAUCACUGAUGGAGGGGUGUUGGUGGGGAGGGUUGAAUGGGGCCUUUCUUGGACCCAGCUUGCUCCUUUCCCUCCUCAGUCCCCUUCCAUCUUUAAGAAGUUCCAGAUAACUUGGCAUUUGUGGAAUUAGAAGCACUGUGACAAGGAUAUAUAGGUGCACUUGAUGUAAGCUAGAGGUACAAAUAAUAUGGAUUGGGGCAGCGAGGGAGCUUUGAAAUGCAACAUUCCAAAAUGUUUUGUGGAGGAGGCUAGACCGCACAGAGGUCCCUCGCUUCUUUGAGGUUUUCCAUUACCCACCAAUGAGUGUUGUGUUCACAUCACAUGCUUUCCUUUGGCAAAUGGAGAAUUUCCUCUGUCCCAUUCAUGUGCUCUGUUCAGAAACAUCCCUCCUUCUUUUUCCCCUCCACCAAAAAAUAUUCCUUGGUAAAGUCAUGCCCCGGGUCUCCCAGUGGCCAUUUCCUUUCACAGUAGAAUGACAGGCAUUCUGGGAAAGGGUGUGGGCAUUCAAGAAGGGACUACUCUGGUGACAUUCAGAAAAGGGGACUUUGGCUCCACUUUACAGAAAGGAUUACUUUUUGUCCUGUUAACCUGCAACUGAUGAGGAGUUUGAUUCCCCUGAACAGGCUACGUUGAUGUUGGGCUCAUCCCAGCUGGUGCACGAGAGAUCCAAAUCGAGGAGGUGGCGGAAGCAGAGAAUUUCCUGGCCUUGAGAAGCGAAGAUCCAGAGAAAUACUUCUUGAAUGGCGGCUGGACCAUCCAAUGGAACGGCGAUUACAAGGUGGCCGGGACCACCUUCACCUACGAGAGAACUGGGAACUGGGAAAACCUCACGUCUCCAGGCCCCACGGAGGAGCCAGUGUGGAUUCAGGUACUUGCAGAGGAUUCAAGUGCUGGGCUUUGAACCUGUGAGUUCUGGGUCAAGUCUCUGCCACUGUCGUGGACUCACUGCUGCAGAGUUGGGCAGACUUAAUUAAGAUACAUGAAGCAGAAAUUCAACAGGUGCAGCUUCCUAAAGCCCUGCUUUUUGGCAUCAGGGAAAGCAGCACUUGUUAAGACUUCACUCUCCGACUGCAGCUGUGAGGCUGCCGAGGUCAUAAACAUAUUUUCAGCCCUCGGUGAUUCUGUGUCCUGGAAUCUGCUCAUCCCUGGCUUGUGUUUAAACAGCCCCUCCCAGCUCAAGCUGGAGUGGAAGGUUAUUUUGCGGCCAACAAAGAGUUGAUUGAAAUUGACCCCCAAACUCUUGUAGGUAACAGUAUGGUAUUUGUGCUCUCACAGAAUUGCAGAGUUGAAAGGGACCCGCACGGUCAUCUAGUCUGACCCCCUAGUCUGACCAAGAUGAUCAAAGGUCUAGAAAGCAAGCCUUAUGAGAAAUGGGGGAGGGAGUUGGGUAUGUUCAGGCUGAAGGAGAGGUGACUUGAGAGGGGAUGUGAUAGCCAUCUAUGAAUAUCUGAAGGGCUGUCGCACAGAAGAUUGAGCAAGCUUGUUUUCUGCUGCUCCAGUGUGGAGGAACCAAACCAAGGGCUUCAAGUUACAAGGAAGGAGAUUCCAACUACUGGUAAAUAUUAGGCAGAACCUUCUGAUGCUGAGAGCUGUUUGACGGUGUACCAGACUCCCUCAGAAGGUCUUGGCCUCUCCUUCCUUGGAGGUUUUUAAAGAGAGGUUGGAUGGCCACAUGUCAGACAUUCUUUAGCUGUGAUUCCUGCAUUGCCGGGGGUUGGACUAGAUGACCCUUGGGGUCCCUUCCAAUACUACAAUUCUAUGAUUUGUCAGACCUUAAGGUGCCACGAGGCUCUUUGGCCUUGCUUCCAUGCCAUUUUAAGCUACAGUCAUACCUCAUGUUACGUCUGCUUCAUGUUACGUUAUUUCAGGUUAUGUUCCGCGACGACCCGGAAGUACCGGAAAGGGUUACUUCUGGGUUUCGCCGCUCGCGCAUGCGCAGAAGUGCAAAAUGGUGUCACGCGCAUGCACAGAAGCGGUGAAUCGCAACCCAUGUGUGUGCAGACACACCGUUGCGGGUUGCGCUCUUUGCAUGUUGCGAAUGGGCCCCUGGAAUGGAUCCUGUUCGCAACCAGAGGUGCCACUGUAUAGUUCAACUAUGGUUUAUCCAUGAAAAUGCAGAGUGCACUAGCACUAAGUCAAGAACAAACUAUGGCUUGGCUCACAACAGCGUGUUAGCACCAGGAGGGACGGAGAAGCCACACGCCCACAAUUGCCGCCAUGUGCGCCACCAGGGUUCAAAUUAAAACCAUAGUUCAGUUUCCCUGUAGUUUAAAAUGGUCUGCGUACAAGGACUUUGUCAUUUCAGGAACUGGGUUUGUCUCUUUUCUGUUAACUGCUUUGAGCACGCACUACAGAUUUCUGGGAAACGCAGCAUGUAAAUAAACUGGCUAUUGCUUCAUAGCCUCCAUCUUCAAGGGCUUUGCCUGCCCCCCCCCCAGCCAUGCUUCUUGCCGCUUCUGUUCUACAAAGCUGCUCUGCGAAGUUCUGAGCAAAGCACUCCUCUCGAGUUACUUUGGAAAUGGCAGCAUCUGGCAUUUGGGAGGUUCCUGCUGAUCUGGGAAGCCUUUGCUGACUUCCGUGGGUGGACCUGGCCUCUCUCUUGCCCAGCUGAAAUUGAAAUCUGUUGCAGCAUUCCUCAGAACCCUCCAGAUGUCUUGAACUGUCACUCCCAUCACCCUCAUCUGGUUCAUCGGCCUGGUUUGCUGAGGGGGCUGGAGGAGAGGCACCACCAAGGGCCUCCGACCUUCCCAGAGGCUGCUAUGAAUGCGGAGACCACCGUAGGGCCCCUCCUGUCAGUGGUACAGGCUCCUGCCCUCCCUGUAAGGACAGUUCAUCACCAUUUUUUUUCUGCAGGGAAGUCUGGUGGGUGUCUUCCUGGCUGCCAGGGAAGCCUUUGCUUUGGAGCAGCCAGACUUCCCAGGAGAGCUCUUUAGGAGUUAAAUGGAUUUCUCAGGGCUAAUUCUUUUUCUCUCCCCUCUUGCAGGGAGGUGUUUACUUUAACAUUCUCUUCCCCUUCCAGCUUGACAAGGAAAGGAAUUCUUUUUCCAUUUUUGACCCCUGCUUGUCUUCCUCCAGCUGCUUGUGAAUUCUGAAACAAAGGAGCUGGCUUUGAGACCCACCAGGCAGGCAGGCAGGGAUCUCUCCUCUUCCUAAAUCACACCACCUUGUUGGACAUCAGAGGCAUGCCAGGCUGGGGGUGGGGGGCUUUCGGUACAGGCCUGCUUCCCCUGUCUUUUUUGCCACUGCCCUGGCAGGUUAUUCAUUUUGUGUUCCAAGAAUAACUUUGGUUCUUUGCUUAAGAGCUAUUGUGGUUAGCGUGUUGGAACCUGGGAGACCAGGGUUCGAAUCCCCACUCAGCCAUGAAGCUCCCUGGGUGACCAUUGGGCCAGUCAGUGCCUUCUCUCAGCCGAACCUACCUCACAGGGUUGUUGUGAGGAUAAAAUGGGGAGGAGAACCAUGUAUACCACCUUCAGUUCCUUGGAGGAAAAGGUGGGAAAUAAAGACAAUCAAUCAAUCAAAGAAGAUCCAGCCAGAUUCCUGAGCACAACAGCUUUCUCCUGUGGUUUCCAGCAACUGGCAUUCAGAAGCAUUGCUGCUUUCAACUGUGGAGACAUUAUUAUUAUUAUUAUUAUUAUUAUUAUUAUUAUUAUUAUUACAGUGGUACCUCGGGUUAAGAACUUAAUUUGUUCUAGAGGUCCGUUCUUAACCUGAAACAUUUAUAUUCUACCACUUGUGUCUCCACGGAGCCCAAGGUGGGGUAUACAUGGUUCUCUCCCCACCUUCUAUAAUCCCCACAACAAACCUUUGAGGUAGGUUAGGCUGAGAGGUCAUGGCCAAGUGGAUACAGUGGUACCUCGGGUUACAUACGCUUCAGGUUACAGACGCUUCAGGUUACAGACUCCGCUAACCCAGGAAUAGUACCUCGGGUUAGGAACUUUGUUUCAGGAUGAGAACAGAAAUCGUGCAGCGGCAGCAGGAGGCCCCAUUAGCUAAAGUGUCCCACAGACACAUUUAAAAGGCUGUAGAAUAUUAAUAAGCCAAAGGACUGGUUGGAGAGGAAUAUUCUACCAGAAAACCAUGUUCCCAUUCCCCCGCCCCAUCACUCAGUUGGGAGUGUUUUUUAAACCUUGAUGGAAAGAGCUCUAAAGCAAACGAAGCUCAAUUUCUCUCUCUCUCUCUCUCUCUCUCUCUCUCUCUCACACACACACACACACACACACACACACACUUUCCCUGGAAUUUCUUGGCUGGUCCUCAGAAAACCCAGUGCCGACCCCUUGUUCAAUAUGGCCAAACCUGUCCAUUUCAUUUUCUCUGUUUCUAAUUUUUCCAGCCUCCCUCCGAUUUCUGCAUACGUUUGCAAAUUUCACUUUUCAGACAAGAGAAAGCUUUCAGGGAGGCUUACAGAUAUCAAGAAGGCAAGCUGGCGCUUAUCCACCCUUACCCUUUGGCCGCUCUUUUUCAAGGCACAUGUCCGCACUUUAAAUCUCUCUGUCUGAACUGUCCCCCAAAACCUGCUCUUUAAAGCUGAAUCGCAGCAAACGUCAAUUCAGGUUUACCAUGGGUUGACACUUGCUCCAAUUGUGUUUUCAAGAAGGAAAAGGGGGGGGCACUUGGACACGGAGUUUUCCACACCUGGAAAGUGUGGAGGAAAGUUAAGUGUGGAUAAGCCCACUCCUUGCACUCGGACUUAUUGACAUAAAAGGUACGACACAAAAGGAAAAAGACUGGGAGGGAGGAGAAAGAAAGCAAGUUCAGGCAGCGGUACCAAGUUACAAAGUUCUCAUGCCAGCCAGCUGGAAGGGAAAGAGUUCAAAGAGGGAGGUUAGAUGAAUGUUAAUGCCUUUGUUUAUUCAGGGAAAAAACAACUUUGGAGGGAGUCUCAAGCUGCUUUCUCCGACUUUUUAAAGAUUAUUAGUUUCUAUGUUCACGCUAAUGCCUUGGAAUGACUUAUAGCACAUAAUCUCUUGGAACAUUCUCUGGGAUUUGUAACGGAAUUGAAAAACCUUUUUAAAAAAUGUUAUUUAAAAAUAUAUACCCUGAGAUGUCUCUUGGAAUGAUGCCCAAGUCCAUUCCAAGAGCAGCAAAGUUUUGGCAACAACGGCAGCUUCGAGGGUGGGCUAAUUCACACUUACCUUUCCUCCAAUCUUUCCAGGCCAUAGUCCUUACUUUAAAACUCCUUUUUUUGCUUUUGCUCUGGAGCCUUCCCUGUGAAAACCUGCUCUUUAAAGCUCAAUGGGACAAUCCCCAGAAAAUGCAAAUUGAUGCUUGCCCCAAGUGAGCACCGAAAUCGCAGGAGAAGCUCAGGGGCAAAAAACCCCAACACCCCACACUUGGACAUGAAGCUUUUAAGCACAGACCUGUGCCUGGAAAGAGUGGGAGGUGAGUGUGGAUAAGCCCUUAAUUAAGUUGGCAAGCCUUUGCCAGAGCCGUGUGCCCCACGGACUGAUACUUGAACCCUCCUGCAGGUAGUCUGCCUUGGGGCAUUCACGUACCACUACAACACACUGAAAUCAGCUUGGAAAUAAAAUCUGAGAAGCUGUUUUACAUCUCAAGGCUCUUAACCCCCUGCAGCUCGUCUUGUAAGGAUGCUGAGAAAUGAUUUGGGCCUCUUAUCUCAGACUUGCUGUUCGCAGGGGUGAUGUGAGCCAAACAGCCUUGAAACUGGUUUAGGCUUGCUGUGUAGACGCACAUUCAAUGGCAGGUGUGCCUUUGCAGAUAAGCCUGCAAAUAAAGUUUGAUGAUAAGCUGAGACUGAUAUCUGGGGGUGGAGCUGAAAUCACACAUACACACCCCUACACACACACACACACACACACACAGAGAGAGAGAGAGAGAGAGAGACCUAUUUAAAUGGUCAGGUUGAAGAAAGUGAGGAAACGAAGGGAAACUUAAAUAUGUCACUCUAGUGCAACAAAGCCACCUUAAAAAAACCAAAACAACAGACUUUGCAAUUAGGUAAGUGACAGGGGCACAUACUGGAACAUGUGACAUGAGUGAAUGAUUGAACAUGAAACUUUGCAGGCACCCUGCAAGCAGAUCAGGGUGAAUCCUCAUUGUUGUAUAACUGCCCCAUAAACAAAUUGGAAUGAAUGCUCUGCAAAGAUGGGACAUAGUCUAACCCAGUGGUUCCCAAUUUGUUUCGGGCCACCGCCCUCUUAGUUCCAUAAACUCACACCCAGUUCCUCUCCUCUGUAAAAAGCACUAUUCAGAGUAGCAGUUUGCCCAGCACACUAAGCAAGAUAGCACAAUAAAAUUCAAAACUAUAACAAUUGCCCUUCCCCCCCCCAAAAAAAAAUCCAAAUAAAACUAUUUGGUUUAAUUCAUUCAACAGAAUUGACAAACUUGAUCCAGUGAUACCAGCUUUGCAAAGUCUGGCAUUCAUUUAUACCUCCAGCACCUGCUUGCCGCGCCCCCUUGCCUCUUAGGUAAUUCAUUGCCCCCCAGGGCCUGCUGCUGCCCAUUUUGGGUAAAGGUAAAGGGACCCCCUUACCAUUAGGUCCAGUCGCCGACUCCAGGGUUGCAGGGCUCAUCUCGCUUUAUUGGCCGAGGAAGCUGGCGUACAGCUUCCGGGUCAUGUGGCCAGCAUGACUAAGCCGCUUCUGGCGAACCAGAGCAGUGCACAGAAAUGCCAUUUACCUUCCCGCCAGAGCGGUACCUAUUUAUCUACUUGCACUUUGACGUGCUUUCGAACUGCUAGGUUGGCAGGAGCAGGGACUGAGUAACGGGAGCUCACCCCAUUGCGGGGAUUCGAACCACCGACCUUCUAAUCGGCAAACCCUAGGCUCUGUGGUUUAACCCACAGCGCCACCCGUGUCCCUCCCACUUUGGGUACCACUGGUCUAAACACUGCACGAGUUUUGUACAAUUAGAUCAUGUGGAAAGCUGAAGAGGAGCCCACAGAUCCAUCCUGCUUUCCUUAGCUCUGAGGAGGGGCCCUUCCCCUAUUGUAACAUCCUUGUGAUCCUCUGAAAACCAAACACUGGUCACUUCCUAAACUUUCAGUAAGUUUGCAGUUGCCGGUCCUCUGCUGCAGGCAUCUCAAGGUCUUUUCCUGCUGGCCCUCUUUCUCUUGGCAGGACAUCAUCACACUUCCUCGGUACUUGGACCACAUUUCGUUAAACGCUUUUUAUACCGUCUGGCUGGAUGCUGCCUAAGAACAUUUUCUUCCUUGCCUCUCAGCUCUUAUUCCAGGAGAAGAACCCAGGAGUCCGCUAUCAAUACACCAUUCAAAGGGAAUCUGAGAAUGAGAACGAGAUCACGCCGGCCGAAUUCUUUUGGCAAUACGGACCCUGGACAAAAUGCACAGCCACCUGUGGCACAGGUAAGGAUGCCUGCCUCUUUCUUUGCCUUUGUCUCACUGUUCAACGUUUGGUGAGGAGUGGCGGGGGGUGGUCACGUUCUGGCCUAGGAGCCAGAGCAAGAAACUUCGUGCGUUGGGGGAAAUCCAGAAAAGCAGGUGAACCUUCCACGAGCCCUGCAGUCACCACCAGAGUCUCUUCUCUUCAGACCGCAUCUGAGGGAGAUGCACAGAGAGAGAGAGAGAGAGAGAGAGAGAAGGCCUUUUCAGUGGUGGCUCCCCAAUAGUGGCAUGCUGUCCCCAGGAAAAGAUGCCAGGCAUCAUAAUUGUCAGCCUUUUGCUACCAGGCUAAGACAUUCCUGUUUUUCCAAGGCUUCUGGUUGUUAAUUUUAGAUCAUAACUUUGUAAUAUUCUCUUCUCUUUUGUGGAACUCUUGUUUCAGUGGUGUGCAGGAUUUGUCUGUCUCAAAGUAUUGCUGAUUGAGCACUUGAGGAAUUAUUUGUCUGCUAUAUUUUGUAAUACUAAUAAUAAUAAUAAUAAAUUUAACUGAUUUUAGCUGUUUUGCAUUUUAUGAUGCUUUAAGUGAUUCCAAGGCAUUUUUUUGAAUAGAGCACUGAACAAAUGAAAUGAAUGAAUGAAUGGUGGCAGAAGGACUCAUGACACUACUCUGUAGCCGUCUUCUAACAGUGGUGAAUUAGGAGCCCAGGAUCAGGCCUUUUGUGUGGGGCAGGAAAGGCCAGUGGGCGUAUCCUCUCCCCAACCCCCAACAGUCCACCUUGUAGUAAGAAGGAUAUGGUAAUAAUAAUUAGCUAAUGAAGUAGCCAGAAAAUUUUGCUAUCCCUUAAUGGUGUCCGUGGGACGCAGGUGGCACUGCGGUCUAAACCACAGAGCCUAAGGCUUGCCGAUCAGAAGGUCAGCGGUUCGAAUCCCCGUGACGGGGUGAGCUCCCGUUGCUCGGUCCCUGCUCCUGCCAACCUAGCAGCUUGAAAGCACGUUAAAGUACAAGUAGAUAAAUAGGUACCACUCCAGCGGGAAGGUAAAUGGCGUUUCCGUGUGCUGCUCUGGUUCGCCAGAAGCGGCUUAAUCAAGCUGGCCACAUGACCUGGAAGCUGUACGCCAGCUCCCUCGGCCAGUAAAGUGAGAUGAGCGCCACAACCCCAGAGUCGGCCACGACUGGACCUAACGGUCAGGGGUCCCUUUACCUUUAAUGGUGUCCAUAAUCCCCUGCUUAGAGGCAUGCAGUUCUGGCUUGAGGAUGUAGCUUGUCUAGACUGCUGGGGUAGGAAGUACCAAAUGCAUUUCAUGUUUGGCCACUUCAAUUAGAGCCCUGAAUUGGGGGAUGCAGCAUCCUGCCUUGAGGUGCUGGCUAACUGAGAGCAAGAUGGAAGGGCAGGCAGGCAAGAGAAUUUAUUCCGCCGGCAAGGAAAGGCGUUUGCAAAGGCCGCUGCCACCCACUCUAGCCUGUGGAUAAGGAAAACGCUGUUGUGGAGUGCAUAAAUUCUCAAUGCAAAUGUAUCAAAGCGAUCAGACCGGCAACACUGCUGGAUGUGUUUAAACCCUGCCUGUGCCCCUUUGUCCAGGAUGCUUGACUCUCUGCAAAUGUGUGUGCCAAUACAUGCACAGUGGUGCAUAAGGACAUGGGUUUCUGUUUGCGCAGCUGCAUGUGCUCCUUUCUCUUGCCGCCAGCUGGUCAAGGCCUCUUUGGAAACAGACAACUUGAAAAACAGAAAAGCAGGAGGCUUUGCCUUGUCCUUUGAUGUCCGCCUCUUGUUGACUGGGGUAACUGGGAAAGAGUCCUCCUCUACAGCUGAGUUUUAUUAAAGCAUAAGAUGAAGGGACCAAGUGUACAGGCCAGUUAAGGAUGCUUCUUCACUCUCUCCUUAGGGUGCUUCCAAAUGACCACCAUUUUGGGGUGGGAUUUAGUCGCGGCUAAUUCAGGUUGUACAACUACAGUUGGUUUGGGAGGUCUUGUGCAACUCACCCAAUUCCCCCAAAGAUCAGACCUUUUGCAAUAAGGAGAAGGAAGGGGUUUUUAAUUUAUUUUUUUCAUAAUAUUUAUACACUGCUUGAUUGUAAAGCUACAACAAACCUCAAAGUGGUUUACUAUCACUAAGAAAAAUUAACGACAACAAUUUAAAGCUUUUAAAAAGUUAAAAUAACAAUAGAUUUUAAAAAGAUUAAAGUUUGCAUUGGUUUUCUCAAUAUGUGGACGGGAUUGUUAUAGGAGGGCUUGGCAUUCGAAAUCAGGCAUUUCAUAACUAUUCCAGUUUGAUUAACCAGACAUGAGGGGUUUGGGGUCACAAUGAGGUUCUUCUGAAGCAAAUGCAUAUAUCCCUGUUUCCCAGUGUUGUUCAGAAGCCAGCAUUUUCCAGGUAAACUUUCACAAUGGCACUUGGCUCUCCCUUACAUAAGAACGAAAGAACAACCUGGAUCAGCAUCCCAUCUAGUCCAGCAUCCUGCUCUCACAGUGGCCAACCAAAUGCCUGUGGGAAACCCACAAGCAGGAUUCGAGCACAAGAGCCCUCUCCCCUCUUGUGGUUUCCAGCAAUUGGUAUUCAGAAGCACUGCUGCCCCCAGCUGUGGAGGCAGAGCAAAGCCAUGAUGGCUAGUAGCCAUUGAUAGCCUUCCUCCAUAAAUUACAAACCUGCCACACAAGGUGUGCCUGCUUCUACAAGUCCUAGAAGUGGCAAAACAUCAGCUCCAUGGUUUGAAGGAACGCACUGCAGUGAAGGCAGGGCCGGAUCCUUCCAACUCAGUGCUCAUUACUGCACGUUUAACUCCUACGGGCAAAACAUUUCUUGGGGAGGCAUUCUCCCCAUCCCUCCCCCUGCUACCCCACCUUCAGUCUGCUGCUGAGAAAUUCUGUGUGAUGGAUCACAGCUGCCUGGAAGGCCCUGUCCAGAUGGGUUUCACAGCUCCACAAAAGCCCAGAAACCUGAGCUUCAGAGGCAGCAAAUUGGAUGUCUUCAGAGGGGGCAGAUUAUGUCACCUGGGACGACACAGAUUCUCUUCUUUCAGCUCUCCCUGAACUGACGCACAGCUACACUUGCCAAAGAUUUCUUUCUUUCUUUCUUUCUUUCUUUCUUUCUUUCUUUCUUUCUUUCUUUCUUCCUUCCUUCCUUCCUUCCUUCCUUCCUCUUUUCUUUUUUUUCCUUUUCUUUCUUGGCAUCUCUGUCCCUUUUACUGAAACCAGAUCGUCUUCCAGGACUCCUCUGCAGUGUCGCCGCUCCAGAUUUUCUGACAGAUGCUGUCACACUACCUUGACAAGGCCCAGAGCAGCACUUGGGGCAGUGGUUUGGGUGUGUUUGUGUGUUCCUUGUGAUGUACAGUGGUACCUCAGGUUAAGGACUUAAUUUGUUCCGGAGGUUCGUACUUAACCUGAAACUGUUCUUAACCUGAAGCAUCACUUUAGCUAAUGGGGCCUCCCGCUGCCGCCGCGCCGCCAGAGCACAAUUUCUGUUCUCAUCCUGAAGCAAAGUUCUUAACCUGAAGCACUAUUUCUGGGUUAGCGGAGUAGUCUGUAACCUGAAGCGUAUGUAACCCGAGGUACCACUGUAUUUGUAUUUGGCUGUAUAAACACCAUACAUUGAAAGCACAUGGUUUGCCCCAAAGAAUCCUGGGGACGGCAGUUUACCCCUCACAGAGCUACAAACAGGGGAAGGGACACCGCUCAGUGGCAGAGCAGCUGCCUUUCAUGUAGAAGGACCCAGGCUCAAUCUCUGACAUCUCCAGUUGGGGCUGGGAGAGAUUAGUGCCUGAAACUCUGGAAAAUUGCUGCUAGUUGGUGCAGAAGUGAGCUAGAUGGCAAGAGCUGUUUGACAGUGGGACGGACUCCCUCGGAAAGUGGUGGACUCUCAUCCAGACGGCUAUAUUCCUGAAUUGCAUGGGGUUGGACUAGACCAGAGAUUGUCAACCUGGUCCCUACCACCCACUAGUAGGUGUUUCAGGAUUCUGGGAGGGCGGUAGGGGGUUCUACAGCACAAGCUGAAUCCUUCUUCCAUCGAGCGCUGGUGGGCGGUAAGGAAAUUUUACCAUCAAGAAAGAUGCAUUAGUGGGCGGUAGGUAUAAAAAGGUUGACUACCCCUGGACUAGAUGAUGCUUGGAAGUCCCUUCCAACUCUACAAUUCUGUUAUCAGUAUAAGGCAGCUUCCUGAGCUCCUGUGCUCCUAGGGCUACAGUUCCCAGCACCCUUAACAAACAGCUCUGGUUAUCUCCCGCUUAGACUACUGCAAUGCGCUCUACAUGGGGCUACCUUUGAAGGUGACCCGGAAACUACAACUAAUCCAGAACGGGCAGCCAGACUGGUGACUGGGAGCGGCGGCUGAGACCAUAUAACACCGGUCUUGAAAGACCUACAUUGGCUCCCAGUACGUUUCCGAGCACAAUUCAAAGUGUUGGUGCUGACCUUUAAAGCCCUAAACGCCCUCAGUCCUGAAGGAGUGUCUCCACCUCCAUCGUUCUGCCCAGACACUGAGGUCCAGCACUGAGGGCCUUCUGGCGGUUCCCUCACUGCAAGAAGCCAAGGUACAGGGAACCAGGCAGAGGGCCUUCUCGGUAGUGGCGCCCUCACUGUGGAACGCCCUCCCACCAGAUGUCAAAGAGAUCACAACUACCAGACUUUUAGAAGACAUUUGAAGGCAGCCCUGUUUAGGGAAGCUUAUAGUGUUUGAUGUAUUGCAGUAUUUUAAUGUUUUUUUUGGAAGCCGCCCAGAGGGCCUGGGGAAGCCCAGCCAGAUGGGCGGGGUAUAAAUAAUAAAUUAUUAUUAUUAUUAUUAUUAUUAUUAUUAUUAUUGCUGUAUUUGGGAUUGUGAAAGUGGAUUUUCCUCUAGGCUUGAUUGGCAGGGUGAAUUUCCCUGAAUCUGACUGGCUGUUGAUUGGUCUGCUGCCAGCAGACUUCAAUCAGGGGUCCCAGCCAGGGUCUCCCAUACACACCCAAAGCCUCUGGUGUGCUUGCUGUGCUGCAAACAUUGACGCCAGCCGCUCAUAUCGUUUGUGGCCUGUUGGCCUUAUGAAUUGUUAUCGCCAGACUAUGAAAGGGAACCUUUAAGCAGGUUCUGGGUCUGGGAAAGGAGAAGGGGCAGAUAGGCAAUCAGGGAGCAGAAAAAGGGUGACAUAAUCAUGGACUGAGGGAGGCAGGGAGCUCUCGGAUGAUUUCUUCAUUUGCUGGGUUGGGAGAGGAAGUCUGCCAGCCAAGCGCCUUCUGGGUUUCCUGCCAGAAACUGAGGCUGCCAGAAGCACAUCAGAUCCUGGCUUGUGACCGGCCCCCAUGGGGACUGUCCAGCCUGCACGCCAGGAGCAGCUCCAGCAUCCAGCCCCACUGAGCUAAGCCAACCCCUGGCCCACGUGCCUCCUCCUUGCUCCCAGGGAAGUGUCUGUGUGCUUCAGCCAGCUGGGAAAUGAUGAGGGAGAGAGAGAGACAUAGAGAGAGGUGGGGUGGGGGAGAGAGAGACCUUUGCAAGGUCAGACUCUGGAGCAAAGGGUCAGCUGGCGAUAAGGAGGAGAAAGGACAAGGCAAGGGAUGUUCUGUGUCUCGUAGAAAAGGAGCCCACAACAGGAGCAAGAGGCAGAUUGUUGCAAGUGACAGGGUGGGGGGACUGCACAUAAGGACAUACGAAGUGCUUAUUGGAUCAGGCCAGCAUCCUUUGGCCAACCAGUUGCUUGUGGGGAGCCCACAAGUAGGAUUUGGCAACAACAAUUUAUUAUUUAUACCCCGCCCAUCUGGCUGGGCUUCCCCAGCCACUCUGGGUGGCUUCCAACAAAAUAUUAAAAUACCGUAACGCAUCAAACAUUAAAAGCUUCCCUAAACAGGGCCUCCUUCAGAUGUCUUCUAAAAGUCUGGUAGUUAUUGUUACCUUUGACAUCUGAUGGGAGGGUGUUCCACAGGGCGGGCGCCACUACCGAGAAGGCCCUCUGCCUGGUUCCCUGUAACUUGGCUUCUCUCAGUGAGGGAACCGCCAGAAGGCCCUCAGUGCUGGACCUCAGUGUCCGGGCAGAAUGAUGGGGGUGGAGACGCUCCUUCAGGUAUACUCCCCUCUUGUGGCUCCCAGCAACUGGUAUUCAGAAGCAUUGCCGCCUCUGACUGUGGAGGCAGAGCAAAGCCAUCAUGGCUAGCAGUCAUCGAUAGCCCUCUCCUCUUCCAUGAAUUUGUCUAACCUAAAGUUACCAGAUUUUUUUUCCAAUGAAUCCGGGGACACUUUUCAACUUCAAUGGAUUUUGUAUGGGGACUGAUUUGUAAAUCCGGGGACUGUCCCUGGGAAACAGAGACGUCUAGUAACCUUAGUCUAACCCUCUUUUUAAGCCAUUCAAGAUGGUGGUCGUAAUUGCCUGCUUUGGGAGCAAGUUCCAAAGUUUAACUGUGCCUUGCGUGAAGAAAGACUUUCUUCGUCCCAAAUCUUCCAACGUUCAGUUUCAUUGGAUGUCCACUAUGAGACUGGGAGGACAACUUUUCUCUAUCCGCUUCCUCCAUGCCAUUCACUGUACAAAUAGCAAAGGAGGCUCUCUGGAGGCAACAGUGCUGGCUGGGGUGUAAGGAGGAGGAAGGUGGUGUCUAUUUGCAAGGUCCAAGCCCAGAGCUGGUGCACAUUCACACAGUCAACCAAGGAUCAGAUGCAAUCUUGUGCGCACUCACUUGGGGGAGGAAAUCCUAUUAAAUUCCAUGGGACAUUUUUCUGAAUACGUCUGGCUAAGAAGCAGGUCAGGGUCACUUCCAGAUGACAUGUUAAUUGAGCAUCCUAAUUAGUUCCCACAAAGUUUGCAGGGAAGGUAAACAACAUCAACUGUUUAUUGAGGGUUUGUUCUGAUUUGUUUGCAGGAACAUGAAAUGAUGUCUCCUCAAGCAAAUGUUACCCCACAAUUUCCACUGCACUUUCUCAUCCCUUUCCUUACUGCAAACUGUCCAAUCCCCCCCCCCCCUUAGGUUUAGGUUUAGAGAAGUGGGUUUGUCCUGCAAAAGUGCCAAAUCCAGUUUAAUUAUGCAACCUGAAUUGGCUGGUAAUUCAGUUGAAACGCCCCUGACCCCAUGAAAUAAUGACAGUCUGGAAGCAGCCCAGAAGUCUUUUCUCGCAAAGCUAGUUUGGAGGCAGAGCAUAGCCGUCGUGGCUAGUAGCCAUCGAUUGCCCUCUCCUCCAUGAAGGCUCCAUCAGUUGUAGCAAUUCCAUGCAAAGAGCUCCUGACGCUCCUGCUUUUGGCUUCUGCAGGGAGAGGCUUUUGCAGCUGUUUUGUGUUUUGACCUCUCAGCUGUUGCUGAUGUGCAGAAGCUGAGGCCAGUCCUCAGCAGACGGCCUGCUCAUAGGUGCUGCUGCUGACCAAGGGGCCCUGAAUGGAAGCAGGCAGCCUUCACUGAGCCAUCUCCCAGAUGCUUCCUAUCUAAAGCCGCCAAGGUUAGCAGGCAGCAAACAGCCUGUUUUGUCCAAACAGUUGUGCUAAAAUAGUUCCAGAGGUCUGGAAAUAGCCCUUGUGCCAUCUGGGAGGGCGGUGGGCAGGCGCCUCUCUUUCUCCUGGAGGAAGGAAUGGCGUGGCAUCACAGAAGGAAGGGGAGGCAGGAAAGAGCCGUGAUCAUAAUUCAGCUUAGGACACCUUCUGCCUGAAUCUUGAUGCUUAUAUUGCAACAGAUAAGAGGGUAUUCCAGGAAGCCAGAGCUAGAGCCUGGGUAGCUCAGUUGGUUAGAGCAUGGUGCUCAUAAUGGCAAGGUUGCAGGUUUGAUCCCUGUAUGGGACAACUGCAUAUUCCUGAAUUGCAGGGGUUCCAACUCAACAAUUCGAUUAUUCUAAGUAGGGCUGGGUGAUCUAUCGAUAUAUCGUCCCAAAUCGGUUUGAAAUCCAUAUCAUGAUAUUUUGUUUAUUUUUAGAAAGUGGGGUUUUUUUGUGAUGUGGGUGACAGAGCACACUUGGAUCCACUUUAAUUGCAUGAACUUUUCUGAUAUGUGCUUGAAUACAGUGGUACCUCGGGUUACAGACGCUUCAGGUUACAGACUCCGCUAACCCAGAAAUAGUACCUCGGGUUAAGAACUUUGCUUCAGGAUGAGAACAGAAAUCGUGCUGUGGCGGCGCGGCGGCAGCGGGAGUCCCCAUUAGCUAAAGUGGUGCUUCAGGUUAAGAACAGUUUCAGGUUAAGAACGGACCUCCGGAACGAAUUAAGUUUUUAACUCGAGGUACUACUGUACUGGCCGGAAAACACAAGACAGUCUGGUAGCAUCCUUAGCCUUUCUGAGCUUACAGGGUGAGGUCAAAUUCUGCACGCUCCUUUGAGCUCUGCAAAAGAAAGAGGGAGGUGGCAAUGGAACUGUACUGUUGGAACAUAGACACACCAAAUCAAAUAAAUCCUCAGGAAAAGGUUUCUCUCCCGUGGGAUUACCCGUGGGCCUCUCCCGCUGCUAGGAUUGAUUUCUGAGGUCGGUUGUUGGCUCUCCUGCCCGGCGCUCCUCAUUGCAGAGUCUUGGCUUGCAGCUCACCCCACGUGGCAGGAGAUCAGUUUCCAGGAUUCUUUCCCAGCCCUGUGGAGUUCCAUGCAUCCAAUUGCAAGAGCUCUCUUCAGAUCGGCACUACUGUUCCUGGCAGAAAAGGGCUAUUGUUCCCGCAGACAAUCUGCGGCAUUGUACGUGGAGGAGGGCUCUGAGUCCGCCCAGCAGAAAACCGAUUCCGCGGGAGUCCCGUUACCAGUUGCACCAAUUAUUGCAAGAAGGCAUUGCCAUAAAAACAAAAACACAGAGGAAUAAAUUGCAGCUUUUGUUUUUAAAAUAAACUUAAGGCCAGGACCAACAGUUUAGAUUUCUUUCUUGUUAACGGCUCUGGGCUGAAGGUCACAAGCAGACAAAUCAACCUCUGAAAUGGAGCAGUUUGGGCAUUAUUUAAGUCUGCUGCUUUCGAGGGUUCUGGUUGAGGGAACAAAUUUUCUUUGUCCUGCAUGGUGAAGUGCUUUUAUGCCUGGUUUUGAGACCACAGCCCCACCCCAUCUUAGAAUAGCUUAAAGAUAGGGAGUUGGAUGCAGGAGCUGCUGGCGCAGAGGCCCUAACAAAGAAGAGGGGCAGACAAAGAGGGUCCUUGUUUGUUAGCUGGUCAUCCAUGCACUGUGUGUGUGUGUGUGUGUGUGUGUCUUGGCAUGCUCCGUUUUCAACCUGAUCUUUGCUGACCUCAGCCCCCCAACGGUGCUCCGUGGUGACUUAAUUACAACAUUCCAAGUUCUCUAGGCUGCCUCCUGCUGCUUCCCCUCCCUAACCUUGCAGGGCUUGGGGGGGUAUUGUUAGUAACAGCUGCUCACAGGUGCAGGGCUUAGAGACCUGCAGCGUCUUCUGCAAUCAUUAACCCCUGUGCUGCUCCCAAAAGGUCCUUGCUACAGCUGGCUGCCCAACGCAGCAAUUGUGUGUGGUGGUGGGACUCUAACACCCAGCCGGGGAAGUGGCUGUACCAUCAGCCCUGCAUGCAGAAGAUCCCAGAUUUUUUUAAAAAAUAUUUUAUUAUUAUUAUUAUUAUUAUUAUUAUUAUUAUUAUUAAAGAUUUUCUUGUUUUACAAAAGUGUUUGCAAUGUCUCUCUCGUAUUUUUGCCCCCAUGUAACAUUUUUACAAAUCAGUUUCAUUUGUCGAGACAUUGGGAAGAAAAGGGGGAAAGAGCUGGAGGGGGGGGAAGAUGGGUGGGGUCGGGUGACGAUGUUUCUAUAUGUAGGGUUUGGUGUCAGCGCUGCUUGUGCAGGUUCUUUGUUGUUCGCUUAUGUUCCUUUGGUGGUGAGAGAGGUUGGGGUUGGCCUAGGGUGUGGCUGUUCAUUUGUGAUUGGCUGUGGUGGUCUUUGUUUUCAUGUGUGAGUGGGGUGGGUGGGUGUUUUGGAUCAGGUUAGCCUUAUUGGUCUGUGUGCUGUUGGUGGGUUUUUGUUGGAGUCUUGUUGGGCUGUGUAUGUAAUAAAGGGGAGCCAGAUUUAAUCCCCAGUCGUAUCUCUAGGUAGGGCUGAGGAAUGGCCCCUCCUGAAACCCUGGAGGGCCACUGCUGCCUGUUGGCGUGCAGCUGUUUCAGUCCAAGAACCACUUUUCCUCAUGAGCAACCUUCAAGUGGGGGAGCACAUGCCAAGAGUUUUAUAGCUUAAUCAUAGAAUCAUAGAGUUGGAAGGGACCCUGAGGAUCAUCUAGUCCAACCCCCUGCAAUGCAAGAAUAUGCAGCUGUCCAUUACGGGGACCGAACCUGCAACCUUGCAUACAUAGUUCUCUGCCUCCCCAUUUUAUCCUCACAACAACCCUGUGAGGUAGGCUAGGCUGAGAGGGAGUGACUGGCCCAAGGUCACCCAGCGAGCGCCGUGACCGUGUGGGGAUUUGGACCCUGGUCUGCCAGGUCCUGGUCCAGUGCUCUAACCACUACACCCCACUGAUCCUUGGUUCUUGGCCUGCCAGCAUGUACUACUGUGUGCACGGGGCAUGCCUGAUAGGCACCUCCUUCUCUCAUCAGGGGUCCAGCGGCAGAUUGUGCACUGCAUGGAGAAAGUGGCUGGGAUGGUGGAGGAGCACUACUGCAACGUCCUUAGCCGGCCGGACGACAAGCAGAAGAGUUGCAGCGAGGAGCCGUGUCCUGCCAGGUCAGCUCAACUCCUCUGUGUCUAAACCACAAGAACAUAAAGAGAGUGUGUUGGAUCAGGUCAAUGGCCCAUCGAGCCAAUCAUCCUGUUCCCCAAUAACUGUGAAAGGAGCCUCUUAGAAUCACAGAAUUGUAGAGUUGGAAGAGAUCCAAAGGGUCAUUUAUUCCAAACCCUUGCAAUGGUCAUGCUCCCAGAGUUGGACGUCUAAUUGCUCUUUCCCUAGCCUAACCCUUGAAUUCCUUAUUAGACACCGAGAGACAGCAGGACUGUGCAAGGUGCCCCGACUAUAAAAUUGGAGAAAUCGAGAGAUAUAUAGCUGCACCAGCAACAUAUCUCUUCUUUCUCGUACCUAGAAAUGCAAGAAGGGCCUUUACACUCGCCAGAAGCUCGGCUCUUCCCUCACCGGUCCUGGAAGGAGCCUUUAGAAAAGUCCCGUAUGCUCAGAGACUUUGCACCUGUCCAUUGGGAGAGAUAGGAAGCCCAGAACACUUGUUCUUUAGAUGUCCCUUCUAUGAAGAGGCACGUAGUAAGACCAUUGAUCACCUACUGGUGAGGCUCGCCGACCUCCCGCAAAAGCAAAAAUUUGACAUUUUCCUGUUAGGCAAAGAUCAGAAGAUGACCUGGAUGGUCGCCAGAUUCUGUGUACAGAUCUGUAGGCGCAGACCAUCUCCCAACUCAAAAUAGUCUGUCAUGAAAAUCCCCAAACUCGGUUCCAUGGGUGACUCUGGGUCAACCCCCUGGGAUAGUUUAUUGUUGUACAUUGUUUUUAAAUUUAUUGUUGUUAAUUGUUUUAAUCAUCUGUUUUACCUCUGUGACUGUACCCCCAAGUGUGUUUUAUAAGCUGGUCUUCGACCAUAUCUAUCCUGCUCGCUCCCUUCCAGGUGGUGGGCUGGCGAGUGGCAGGCGUGUUCUGCCACUUGUGGGGACACUGGGCUGAUGAAGAGGACCAUCCUCUGCAUUCAGAGCGUGGCGCUGGAUGAGCAGCGGGCUCUGCAAGCCAGCAAGUGCCAACAUCUCUCCAAGCCGGAUGCCACGGCCCCCUGCAACCGAGAGGUCCUCUGCCCGGCUCGGUGGCUGGCUGGCAAUUGGUCCAAGGUGAGGAGAAUCCGAGCGCAAAAACCCUUGCUGCAAGUCUUGGUUCAAUCCACAAGGGCAUCUCCAGGUAGGGCUGGGAAUGGCCCCUGUCUGAAAUCCUGAAGGGCAGCUGUCAAAUCAAUUAUUGGGCUAGAUGGACCCCAUGAUCUGAUUCAUUAGAAAGCCGCUAGCUUCCUACCUUCCUCCAGACAGGAACUGGAGGGUUCUCCAUUGCAUAAAUAACCAUGGCUUUUGCAAAUUUGUCAAAGGCCAACGCUGUACUCUGCAAUCGAAAUACACUUGAGAGCAAGCCCCACCAGAGAUCUUGCUAGGUCCUUGGGAGAGGACAGAGGAGGCUGCCCAACAUCCUUGGCCUUGGGCAAUCUGGGUUUUUCCUCCCAGGGUCCUUGCAGAAAGACUCCGCUUUUAAUGUGACUGGCAGCGAGUCACAUGUCCUUGUGGCAUGAAACUAUUUUCGGUAUGUGGGUUGCUGCAACUCUGGAGAAAGGUCAGAAGACCUCUUAUCUGCUCAGCUGCAACAAACAUCCUUCUUGUGCUUUGUUUCUCCCUGUUAGCAAAUCCCCACUCGCUCUUUUCCCCCUCAGCAAGGAAUCUUGCUCGGAUGAAGAGUGGUACUUGAUGGGAACCCCAAAUAGAGAUGACCUAUGAAGUCACUGGGUGCCAGUCCCCUCCAGGGUGACAUGCCAGCCCCCCAGCUGUCUGGGUUUUUCCAUGCAAGCCAAGCUUUGUCAGGAAACAAAGAUGACCUGAAACUGAAGAACGAUGGCUGGGUUUAGAUUGAGUUUCUGUAGUGGAAAGAGCAAAUGACCUUGGAUUAUAAUGAUUUCUGGCCCUUUUUUGCAUGGACCAGCCUUCCCCAACCUGGUGCCCUCCAGAAAUUUUGGACUACAACUGGGGCACCAGGUUUGUUUAUUUACUGCAUUUAUAUUCCACCACCUGUGUCUCCAAGGAGCCCAAGGUGGGGUAUACAUAGUUCUCUCCCCACCUUCUAUAAUCCCCACAACAAACCUGUGAGGUAAGUUAGGCUGAGAGGUCAUGGCCAAGUGGAUAUUGGAAACCUGGUCUUCCAGGUCCUAGUUUGACACUCUAACCAGUGUUCCCAAACUUUUGGGGGCCACCAAUCCCUUGGUUUUAUAAACCCUUCCCCAGUGUUCCCAACCCUAUAAAAGGCAUUAUCAGAAUAGUGGUUUGCAUGACCCACUAAGGAAGACCGUAACACAAUCAAAUUCAAAACAGUGACAACUAAUUGUAUAUAUAUAUAGAUAGAUAGAUAUUAUAUAUGUAUAUAUAUAUAUAUUGAUAAUUUUAUACACACACACACACACACAUAUAAUCAAUUAUAAGUAUUUAGUUUAAUUACUACAACAAAAUUGAUGGACAAACCAUUCAUACCAGCUUUUUGAAAUCUUAUAAUCAUUUACAUUUCCUGUUCCCAUUUGCCAAUGCUUCCUAGCACCCCCACCUAGGUAAUCCCAUUGCCUCUCAGGGGAUGCUACCACCCACUUUGGGAAUCAACUGCUCUAACCACUAUACCACACUAUCUCUCUUGGAGGAUCCUAGCAUAGAGAAACUGCCAGCACUGUGUUGGCCAUUGAUGUCUCUCACACUCCUUAUUUUCUCUCCCCUUUCCCAUACAGUGUUCGGUCACAUGUGGAAGUGGGAUACAGCAUCGCCUGGUGUACUGCCCCAAUAAUACCAGAGCCAGCUGUGAUCCGGGGCAAAGACCAGCCUCCGAAAUGGCCUGUUCGUUACUGCCCUGCUGGAACAAGAUUGAGAGCAUCUUCCCAGACUGGUCAGGCUCUGGUUCCUCAAGCCGGGAGCUGUACAAUGAGAUCAAUUUCAUCCCAAGCCACCCCAUCCCUCGAUUCAUCCCUUUGUCGCCCAAAUCUGAAGACCUCAAUGCCAUAAGGGAAGAAGACUUUUCACCCGGCAACAACAAAAAGGGAAAUGUGUUUGUGGAUGAUUUUUACUACGAUUACAAUUUUAUCAACUUCCAUGAAGACCUGUCUUACGACCCAGCUGACACCAAGGGUGGCGGAAGAGAGGACUUGUUGCCAGAUGUUGGGGUGAAGAAGGUCAGCGACGUGAAAGAGGACCCUCAAGAAAUGGCUCCCGAUUCUCUCCCUACUGUAAAGCCAGAGAUGGACCAUGGAAGCCCAACAUCUCCAGCUGUUGGGCAGAAUAGCAAAGGGGUAACCAGUGGGUUUCAAGAGCAUAGCACUGCUGUCAGUUGGCAUGGUUCUUUGGGUACAGCAGUUGCUGUCUCUCCAACCUCCUCCAUGGGAGUUAACAUGAAGGAGAACCCACCAGCCAUUUGGGGAGAUCUUCCUUCUUCCACUUCUGCAGCUGCAACGGAUUUCCCUUCUGGCACCAACACCCAUGCAUCUGUCAAUCAUGCCCAAGAAGACACCACGCAUUGGGAAGGGAAGGUAGCAAACACAGCCCCCUCUGUGAUCUUCCCUUACUUGACCCUCCUGACUCCAACCGUACCUUCUGUUGAGGGCAGCCCCAGUCAAGACCAUGAGUUUAGCACUCGCAAGAGCUGGAAGGAAGACGUUGGAGGCUCAAAGGUCCCAUAUCUCAGCACCAUUGGAGACAAUGGCUUGUUGGACCGUGGAGAAGGUGGUGGUGCAGACCGGGCCAUCGUUGAUCUCAGAGAUGAGGUUGGUGAUGGACGCAGAAUGGAAGAAGCCCUGGUUAGGACAGUCAUGGCAGGAACUGCAGAAACAGCAUCAAAGGGGACGCAUGGGAACUUCAUUUCUCCACUACCUGGUCCUACCAAAACCACCCUUCACCUUCCAGCUCAGGUCCCAAGCGAGACAAGCAGGAAGCCUGAUGAUGGUGUGAGUCCGUACGACGUGGCAAACAGCAAGAGCCUUGCGGCAGAUGCACAGGACCUCCAACACUCUCCUGCUGAUGUAGUCAAGGCCAAGGGCGAGUCUACCUCCCUGGAGCCCAUACCCACCUUUGCAUAUGAGCCACCUGGGCUUGACAGCAAUACGGUUGAGAGGCAGCCCCCUUCCAGCCGCGUUCUGCUCAUGCCACACGGUCCCAACUCACUGGGGCGGCAGCUGCCGACUGAGCCGACGUCCUUGGAGUGGGGGCCCUCCUCUCCUGGCUCUGUCCCUCCCAUGCCACCUGCACCGAGGCGGAAGGAGGAGUCUGUUGGAAUGAAAACCAAGUGGGACGCUGAGCGUAUCCCUCCCAGUGUGGGGGACCAGGGACUCUCUGGGGGCAGAAAUAAAAGUGGCCCCCAUGGGGAUCACUGGAUGUUUGCAAGCAGCCAUGGAGGUCUCGGGCCCAGGCCCACGACAGAAAGGCACCAGGAAAAGGAGGACAGGACGCUCUCGGUGGCUCCUCCAGCUACUGUCGCAGCUGCUCUGAAUGCCAGCUGGGAAGCUGGAAACUGGAGUGAGGCAAGUUCCUGGCAGGAAGGAGAGGAUACCUGCCGGGUGCAGGGAGUUCUCUGCUUGGCUCUGAGCCCCUUGGCACCCGGCCUGCUUUCCCCAGAGCUCAGCUCUGCAGAAAGUGGGAGGGUUUGGGUCACACUCUCGUCCAGGGUUAGCCAGCCCGGUUCCCUCCAGUUGUUGUUGGGCUGCAAUUAUUUUUAUUUAUUUGUUUCAUAAAAUGUACAUAUUGUUUGACUGUAAAAAAAACAAACCAAAACCACAAAGUGGUUAAAACAAUAAAACUACCGACAAGAAGCAUUAACAACAAUAAUUAAAAACUUCUAAAAAGUUUUUAAAGUCUAAAAACAGAUCAAAACUCUCAUCGACUUUCUAAGCAAAAUUGUUUAGACAACAAUCACUGGCCAUGCUGGUGGUUGGGAUUUUAUUUAUUUGCUAUUUGUUUAUGUAUUAAAUUUAUAUUUCUCCUCCUACCUCUCUGAAGGGAGCCUAGAUUGGCUAAAAAAAACAUAAGGGGAAAGGAUGUAUCCAAUAUAUAAUAAUUAAAAUGGCAGCAUACCUUCCAACAUUUCUCCAUUGAAAAUAGGGACAUCCUAUUCAAGAACAACAGCAAUAUUCCUAUUUAUACCCGGCUCAUCUGACUGAGUUGCCCCAGCCACUCUAGGCGGCUUCCAACGUACAGUAUAUAAAAAAUAAUAAAACAUUUUUUAAAAAAGCUGUCUAUACAGAGCUGUCUGGAAGGGAGUUCCAGAGAUGGGGGUCCUGACAGAGAAAGCCCCUUCCCAUGUUCACACUGCCCUUUCCUUCCAGGGGCGAUGCUGGCUAUGCUCUGCAGCCAUGGCUGGAGGCAGCAACGCUUUCGAAUACUGGUUGCUGGAAACCACUGGAGAGGAGAGUUGCUCUCGUGCUCAGGUCCCAUUGGGACAUCUGGUUGGCCACUGUGAGAACAGGAUGCUGGACUUGAUGGGCUACUGUCCUGAUCCAGCUUCUUAUGCUCUUAGGUGUUUAAGAAGCUCCCCCAACCUGAUCAUAAACAGCAAGUUGGGAAGUAUCGAGUAAGGCUCUCCUCUAAGUCCAGGUCUUUUAGGGCUCUGUAUACUAGCACCAACGCCUUGAAUUGGACACUGUAGCUCACCGGCAGCCAGUGCAGGACUCUCAGAUCUGGAGCUGUAGUCCAACCACCUCUGGACCGCACCUACAGACCCUCCAAGUGUCCCAGAGAGCCAGCGUGGUGUAGUAGUUAAGAGCAGUGGACUCAUAAUCUGGGGAACCGGGUACACUUCCCUGCUCCUUCACACGCAGUUGCUGGGUGACCUUGGGCCAGUCACACUUCUCUGAAGUCUCUCAGCCUCACUCACCUCACAGAGUGUUUGUUGUGGGGGAGGAAGGGAAAGGAGAUUGUUAGCCGCUUUGAGACUCCUUAAGGGGAGUGAUAGGCGGGAUAUCAAGUCCAAACUCCUCCUCCUCCUCCUCCUCCUCUUCUUCGUCUUCUUCCCUAUUUUCCAGAGACUGUACCAGAUUUACAGAAGCUGUCCUGGUUUCUGAUUUGAUCCUGGAGUGCCUGUCUUUUCUUUAGGAUGUCCCUCUUUCCACCGGAGAAAUAUUGGAGGGGACGUCUCUAUUUUGACUGGAGAAAUGGUGGAGGGUAUGGAAUAGGGUGUCCCUAUUUUCAUCAGAGAACUGUCGGAGGCUAUGCACCUUGUUGGCUACACCUGGUCUAGAGGAGGUGGAAUGGAGUGGGGUUGGAGGUGCAGAGAAGACCCUGUCUUGGCUCCAAGCUUGUCUUUUCAGACCACGUGGCCUCUUUGCCUGUUGGGACUCUGGUGAUUGCAAGAGGCUCCAGCAGGUGGUAUGAGGAUGGGCCUCAUAGAGGCCAGAGUUUGGGCCACUGGGUAGAGGGGCUGGAGAAUCUUUUUCAACUUAAAGGUUGCCUCCCGGGGGCCACAUGCUGGUAGUGGGUGGGGCAAGAGGCAAAAGUGGGUGGGGCAACAUAAAUGGAUUUUUAAAUCCUCUGUAGGCUAGCUUCCCCACACAUUCUCACCCUCCUCUUUAUCCUCCAUCCAGACCAGCAAGAAGCAUCCCCAGAGCUCCAGCUAGGGCAAAAUACUCAAGGAGGGUGUAGAGCAAGGCCAGGAGGAGUGUGGCUUGGGGAGAGUCAGGAGGGCCAGGUGGAGAGGACUGGAAGGCCACAUCUGGGAGGGCCUGAGGUUCCCUAGCCCUGCUUGGAGAGGCGGGAGGUGAAAACCCAGCUCUAUCGAAUUAGCGGGGACUGAGCAGGCCUGGGUGCUAACAGGGCUUCCUCUUCCUUCCAGUGCUCCACCACAUGCGGCCUGGGCGCCAUUUGGAGAACAGUGCGCUGCAGCACAGGGCAGGAGCAAGACUGCAGCCCUGCCCGGAAGCCCAUCCCUGCCCGGAGGUGCUACUUGAGGCCGUGUUCCAGCUGGCGUGUCGGGAACUGGAGCAAAGUAGGCAAAACUCACCUCAGGCAAUGCCCUUUGCCUAGGAGGCCUCUGGGGCUCGUCUUCAAACACCCCUCUUUAUAAUUUUUUUAAGUAUUUGCUCUGUGGUGCGUAGCAGCAGGUUGCUCUCGAUGACUUCCAAAGUCUGUUCCAACCCCAAAAUGCCGUGACUCCAACUGGAGCAAAAGCCUCAGAUCUUUGCAAUCUAACAGUGGGUAAGGGAAGAGGCUCCUGCCAACCUAGCAGUUCGAAAGCACGUCAAAGUGCAAGUAGAUAAAUAGGUACCACUCCGGCGGGAAGGUAAACAGCGUUUCUGUGCUCUGGUUCGCCAGAAGCGGCUUAGUCAUGCUGGCCACAUGACCCGGAAGCUGUACACCGGCUCCCUUGGCCAAUAAAGCGAGAUGAAUACCGCAACCCCAGAGUCGGCCACGACUGGACCUAAUGGUCAGGGGUCCCUUUACCUUUAAGGGAAGAGGCAUGGAGGCAGGUCUAAGCCUGCUGCCCCUGUCCGCUUUCCUCCAGUGUGCCAUUGAGGCAACUGCCUCAGAAUGCCUUAGGAUAGUGCCGGCCCUGGCGGCCAAUUACCACGGAUAGUCUUAUCCUCUGUAAACCUUGACCUGAGGCCACUCCCUGCCUCUUAGGCUGGCCUACCUUGCAGGGCGGUUGUGAGCAUAAAGUGGGGCAGGGGGACAUUUCUUAGAACCCAUGGGGGGACAGGACAGCAGGGACUUGAAUAGGUAGGAACAAAAACAGGGUCCUUUUGAGAGCAGCCAGUCUGCUUCCCAAUAUCCCUCCACCCCAAAGCGGACAGUGGCCAGCUCUCAGUCAGCUUCUCUUUGCACUAUUUGGCACCCAGUGCUCCAGGACCUGUGGAGGCGGUGUGAAAGUCCGGGACACCCACUGCGUCGACAGCAGGGACCAGCGGCCCCUCCGCCCCUUCCACUGCCAGGCUGUGCUGUACAAGCCCCUCACCCAGAUGCCCUGCAAUAGCAAGCCGUGCCUCGGCUGGUACACCUCUACCUGGAGAGAGGUGAGUCGGGGGCAGGGGGCAAGCAGAGAGGGGAGGAGGCUGUGAGCCCAACCCAGAGCCCCCUUGUGCUGGGGUGAAGUGUGGGCGUCUUGCUCCAAUUUUUCUUGCUGCUUUCUUACCCCAGAUUUGAGUAGGCUGCAAUGAUGAUGGUGAUGGUGAUGAUGUGUGGCUUGGGUCUCCGCCCUCUGUAGCAUCCAUUCAUUUUUACCAUCGUGCUGAAUGGAAAAUAAAUUCCAAAGGCAAUGAAUGACCCCACCACCACCACCACCCUUCCUUGUAGUUGUUGUAGUUAUUAACUAUUUACAGUAUAGCCCACCUUUCACUCCGACGGGGACUCAAGGUGACUUCCACAAAUCAAAACAACACAAAUCAAAUACGACAAAACUAAAAACAAUUGUUGAAAAGUAGCUGAAUUAAGAACAAUAUAAAAAACAAAUCUGUUAAAAUGCAGAUUUAAAAAACAAACAAACAGCACAGCUCUCGUAAAAGCCUUUUCCUUAAAAAAAAAACCAAUCAGUUCCCUAAAGCCUGUUGGAAUAAAACAAUCUUCACUGGAUGAUGUAAGGACAGCAAGGAGGGAGCCUGUCUGGCUUCUCUAAGGAGAGAGUUCUGAAGCCUGGGAGCAGCCACCAAGAAGGCUCUCUCCUGUGUCUCCACCAAGUAUGUCUGUGAGGGUGGUGAGACUGAGAGAAGGGCCUCCCUCGAAGAUUUCAGAGCGCAGGCAGGUUUGCAUGGGAGAAGACGAUCCUUCACAUAGCUUGGACCUAAGCUGUAUAGGACUUUAUGGGUCAUAAUUGACACUUGGAAUUGUAGUUUUUCUACUGUGCCAUUUCGGUUUAAUAGGAAUGUCUUCUGCCAGGUGAUGCUCCCUGAGAUCUGAUCUGCUUUAGCAAAUACAUUCUCUCCCCAAAGACUUGGAAGCUCCCAAAGAGCAGGAAAUGCAGGCUGCUGCCCCAGUGAUGUGCCUUAUACCAGGGGUAGCCAACAUGACGCUCUCCAGAUACUAUUGGACUGUAACUCCCAGCAUCCCUGUCAACUGGGGCUGGUUGGGAGUUGGAGUUCAACAUCUGGGGGCCACUACAAUGUGCUGCCCCAGCCCAGAAUGGACCUCCUUACUCCACGGGAAGCCCAAUAAGCAGACAAGCCCGUGGAGGUUACUGUGUGGCCUCCCACUCCUGUUUUGACUGCCAUGCUUGCUCCUUGGCUCAGAACUAGCUCCUGCCCAAGCACCCGCCUGCGUCCACCAUAGUGGGUUGGUGGUGCUUCCUUCUCAGCUGAUUCCUGUCUGUUUCCUGCUAGUGCUCUGAGCUGUGUGGAGGAGGGGAGCAAGAACGCCUGGUGACCUGCCCGGAAUUUGGACGGUGCGAUGAAGCCCUCCGCCCAAACAACACCAGGCCUUGCAACGUCCACCCCUGCACCAAGUGGACAGUGGGAUCCUGGGGGCAGGUAAGCCAGGAGUCCUUCUUCUGAAUCCCUGAUGGGAAGGAAUCCAGAACACUUUUGAUGAUUGGAAGUUAGGGUGCUACGUCCCCCCUUCCUUGGGGUGUUCCAGGGCAGGCUGUGGCUGGGUGGUCUGAAGUCCUUUUUGAUCUCUUUAGUGCACGGCCAUGUGUGGGGGAGGCAUCCAGAAGAGGCAGGUGAAAUGCAUGAACACCAAGACUGGGGAGGUGGAAGAAGACAGCAGCCUUUGCGAUCACGAACCGUGGCCGGAGAACACGCAGAAGUGCAACCCCCAGGACUGCAGCCCCAGCCCACCAAGUAAGUGGUGGGGUGGGGUGGGAUGGGCGUGUCAGGAACUCGUCCUACGCUUGAGUAGGACCCUGGCAGAGACACAUGCCCGACUGGCAUGUUCUCUCCCUCCUGGUUGUUCGUUCGGAAGCUUCAAAAGCUUUCUUCAGCCUGAACAUCACAGCGACCGAUGCCAACAGACAUCAGCACACUUAGGGAGCUGCAGAGUUUGCGCAGUUUGCGUAACAGACCUCAGCAACUCAGCAUUUUGGCUAAUCUACUUUAUUUACAUAUAAACACACAUGAAGCACUGCAACAUGGCUCCCUCUCUUUCUAGCAUCAGACAGCAAAGAGAAAAAAAACAAAGGACAAUAGUCCCACUUCACGGAACACAGUAACACAAACAUCCUGUCUCCGUCACUUCCCACUCUGUGGAGUCAAAACAUACACCGUCAUGUGAUAGACAAAAAUCCCAUGACUGCAAUCAUGGAGCAGGAAUUCUAACAGGGCGGAGGGGUGGGAGAGUUAGAGAUUCUGCAAGACGUGUUAGCGGUGAGGACACAAGAGUCCGGCCUCUGGCCACAGAACUGGUAAGAACCAGUUUAGGAGGAACCUAACCAGAUAUUAGAGUGAAAAAACAGCUGCAGAUAAGGUACAAGGAGGGUUCUGUACGUUCAGUAAAAGCUUUGUAUUGAGUCAGUGUUUUCAAGGAGCAUGGUUAGAUGAAGAGAUGGCGAUGUGCUGGGUGGCAGAAGUGGUUGGCUAGAGAGUAAAGCAGCCAGGAUGUUGCAUAUUUCAUAUAUGGGGCAGGGGGUGUUAGUGGAAUGUUCUCAAAUAUAAUGGUUUAAGUGUCACUAGAAAAAUUCAAUAUAUUUUUCAAAACUUUAUUUUUAAAGCAUUUUCACAGUGUUUUUAAUAUGUGUCUAGAUUCCACCAGAGCCACAGCAACAGGGGAAGGGGAGUCAGCUCUUUCCCUGCCACCCCUGUGCAAUUUACCUCCCUAAGGGCUGAAGCCCUGGGUAAAAAUAAAAGCAAUUGGCUGGUGCUUUAAAAUAGAUGGUGUUGGUGCCAGGCAGGCCUCCCUGCAGAGAGCAUUCCAUAAGUGUGGAGCCACCACUGAAAAGGCCACUUCUCCCAUCGGCCUUAGCCACUCAGUGCAAAGAGUACACUGUAGAAAUGUCGAUCUCCUCCCAGCAAGCCCCUUUGGUGCAACCCCCUCCCACCCUCACCACUUAGAGGUCCAGCACCACCUGCCUGCUUCUGGUCCAAAAAUGCAAACUAUGCAAACGCUCCCGAGGGCCUAAUCCAGCAUAGCCUGUAGAAUUGUCCUGGUUGUUGCCAAAAGAUUACACUGGUUUUCUGUGCAAGGGCAGGGCACAGGAAAUGUUAGCCUUGCAACAAAUGCCUUUAUCCAGAAGAAUACUUGUUACUCAUGGUAAUAGCGCUAAGAGAUAAAGUGGGAAUACAGAUCCUGCGGUGAUGAUGGAUAUACAAUGGCCUUGAUGUAUAGGGUCAUGAUUUUCCCCCACAUAAACGAUGCAAGACAAUGUGAGGGAAUGUGGAGGGCUAAAGACUCUGGGUUUUUUUAAUGGCUUAUAUUUGGUUUAUGGCCCAGGGCAGGAAGCGCUGAUGGGAAAGAAAACAUAUCCUGCUGAACUCUGGAGGGAGGGGGAAAGUCUCGUCCGCUUGCCAUAUGAAGUCAGAUCCUUGCUAAAGCUGCAGGCCUGGGCACAGAGGUGUCAGGUCCCUUUGGUCUUUAGUGCAGAACCCCAUGCAGGCUGCUGCAGAGUGGUCUUACGUCAUAGAAUUGUGGAGUUGGAAGGGAGCCUAAGGCUCAUCUACUCCAACCCCCCAAUAUGGGAUUCACAGCCUUCUCGUGGGGCAUUAGGGGAAAUGAUCUGCAAAAUAACCUCCCAGGAUAGAAACACAACAAACACACUCCUUGGAUUCCUAGCAGCUAUGAAUUUGUAAAUGAACGAACUCAGAGCAGCUGAACAUGUUGAAAACUAACAUCACAGAUUUGUAUAAGGGCAAUUCUCUUCCGCUCUGUCCUUCUUUUUAUGUUUAUGUUCUGAAACUGUUCUGGAAACCCAGCAGUGUUACACUAAAAUGGUGUUUGGGGUUGUGACCAGGUAAAGAAAAGCUUCAGGAACCAAACAACUGAAGUCUCUGGCUUCUGCUAUGGCUGUGUAUGCAUGACUAAAGUUGCCGCUUCUGCAAGGGGAGAACUGGUGAACGUGGCAGGCACCGCGUGAAUUUCAGUGGCCCCUUGCUUCUUUAUCCUGCUGAAGACAUAGCUUCCUGAAACUGAUAAUUAAAUGAUCAAAGCAGCAGCUUUGAAAACAAUUAAGAACAUAAUAAGAGCCUGGCUGCUGGAUCAGGCCAAAGGGAGCCCAUCUAGUCUAGCAUCCUGUUCUCACAGUGGCCAAACAGAUGCCCCAAACGGGAAGCCCCCAGGGCAACGGCCUCCUCCCACUCUUGUUCUCCAGCAUUCUAAGGUAGACUGUCUCUGUCUGUGGAGGUUCCAUUUUAGGAUUCAUAAUAAACGAAGAAGAGCCUGGCUGCUGGAUAGGUCCAAAUGGGGGCCCAUCUAGUGCAGCAUGUUCUUCUCACAGUGGCCAGCCAGAUGCCUCUGGGAAAGUAGCCUUGGACUGGGCAGGCGGAAGGGAGAGGAAGCAAUCCCUGCUUGCAGUGCCCUCAGUGUAUGGGGGAACAUGGUGGGAGGCCCAAACAGGUGCACAGAGGGCUCUAUCCGCCCCCCUCCCGGGGGUGAGAAGUCAGUGGUGAUUCUGCUUAUAGUUUAUAGCAGAAAAGCGAUGACUGUGUGGCAUUAGGAGCUGCCUGAGUGGAAGCAGGCCCUUUGCCCCAGGUGGUGAUGCCUCUCUUCCCAGCAUCCUGCCUCCCUUUAGGAAGUGGGAAGCGUCAGCAGCAGCAGCCCAUAAACCCAUGCUGGAUUCUCUAUGUGGAAGAUCAGGCUAUUAAUAAACUCACUUCUUAUCAGCUGCAGAAGGCUAAUAAAAAUGUAGUAACACAGAUUGUUAAGAAGGAAGAGCUGUGUGUGUGUGUGUGUGUGUGUGUGUGUGUUACACUGUGCAGCUGUGGCUUGUCAGCUUCCCCCAGUUUAAGACUGAACGAGGAGCCAAACUUCAUAACUAACAGGGAUAAAUUAACUGAAAGCCAUGAAACAAGAUUGCGCAAAGGAGGAUCCUUCAGUCGCUGCAGAAGCCCGCUUUCCCCUUGCUGUCUCAGGGAAAAGUUGUUGCUUUUAAAAUGCCUUGAGUGAAAGCAUGUGUACAGGCACAUGUGUGUGCAAACUGGUUUGCAUGUUAGGCUGAAAGCCCAACUGCUUGGAAACAUACCUUCCAACUUUCCCCGAUGCAAAACCAGGACACACAGCUUCUAACACGUGCUCUGGGGUGAAUCACGUGACCUGUGCCUCGCUCUCACCCUGAAAAUUUGUGGGGGGUUUUUUUUGUGGGGGGGGACACAGUGUGAGAUUGUAGCACCCAAAAUGACUACUGAGAUCUCGUGAGGGAAAAAAUGGAAUGUUCUGUCCCGUCCCGUCCCGUCCCGGGCAUUUGGAAGGCUUUAAUUUUGGGGGGAUCAGUCUGGCUGACUGAAAUCGCUGACCUAGUCAGACAAGUUUCUUAGUAAGACAACAACCUUAGCUGGCCACUUAAGUGUCCUCAUUGGCAUCCCAAAAGAAUGAGAUGGAUUAGAAGCAUAGAAUUGUAGAAUUAAUGAGCCCCUGUGGUCAUCUAGUCCAACUCCCUGCAACACAGGAAUCUUUUGCCCAAUGUGGGGCUCGAACCCUUGACCCUGAAAUUAAGAGUUUCAUGCUGUCCUUACUGAACUAUCUCAGCAAGAGCUACAACUAGGGGGUGGGGUGGUGCCCUCCAAGCUGUAGGCCUUUCCUCCACCCUCCUCACCUAGCUGCUUUGUAGGAGAUCAAGAGCCAGUGUAUAUAUAUAUGAGUGAGCUGGAAGCAGACUAGUGGCUGGAGACACGUAGACAUGAUUGCUCUGUGCUGGAUACAAACCUGUGAUCAGUGGAGAUGCAAUAUCUUUUAGAAUCACAUAAUUGGAAGGGACUCCAACUAGUCCGACCCUCUUCAGUGCAGAAAUCGCAACUGUUGGGGUGUUAAUGCCAUGAGUCCUUCCAUUUUAUGCUCAGGUUAGUCCCUGUAAUGAGCCACUUGACAGCGAUCAUUUAUUGAGCGUCCUGUAUGUGUGUGUGUGAAGAGGUGUCUUGCCCUGGGAGAAGGACUCUCGGCUGCUAAGAUUGGCAGAGAGACAGAUGCCGGGUCCUUCCUGCAGAAAUAGCUCCCUGAAAGAGCCCUCUUGAAGGCCGGAGAUAAGAGGCCUUGCCGAGAGUAAGCAGGGCUCCAUCAGAGGCACCAAAGCAAUAUUCCCAAGGCGUUCUUCUCCGCAGCUUCCUGUGGCAUCUUUCAGGCGGUGCUCAGAGCAGGAGCCGAUGGUAGCAGUCAAGGCAGGGCAGGGGGGCAGAGAGAGAACAUCAUCCUCUGCAACUCUUGGCUAACUCCGUGGCUGUGUUUCCUGACUGCUCUAGUCAGGAACCAGUUCCAAGGUACAGUUCUUCCUCCCUGGAGGAAUCUCCAUGGAAACAUUUGAGUCUAAUAAUGCAAAAUCCAAGUGCAAAAUCCAUCCAGACAAAGGGAUGGAGGUGAUUUUGUGCUCAAAGGGGAUCCAGUAAGAGCGAGCUCGAGAUCCAGGAAAGGCAGAAAUGUCUCUUUACAGGCCUGGGGGGCUCCUCCAGAGGAUAAUAUCCACUCGCUCGCUUCCCCCAGUUUGCCCCUUUGAUGCUGUAGGAGGGGGUGUUUGGUGGGGCUAGCUGUAACCUCUGACACAGUGAUGUCAUUGUUUGCUGAGCUGAAAGAGACCUUUGUGGUCAAACUAGACAUUCUUUCCCCCAAUUCCUUGCUGCUCCUUUCUGUCUGCGUUGCCCCAGAGAGAAAAGGGUCUGCAGCUCAGCUGCCGCCCCUGCUUUGGGACCCCAAAACUCUUAAUAAAGCCCCGAAGACCUUUGAAUUCUCCUUUGAUGUGUUGUAGAAAUUAGAAAGCACUGCCUCCACUUUUGAAACCCCUUUCUGUGGUAGCAUUGAUUAGAUUUAUAGCCCAUCCCAGUCCGGAGGUCCAGGGUGGGUAACCGACAGGUGCACAUUACAAAGGCAAUUAAGAUCAAAGGCAAAGCCAAGCAAACGACUUCCAGUCUGCUACUAUUUUGCAGGUGGCAUUCAGUUGCAUACCAGCAAAUUCAAAUUGUGGUGGCGUUGCUGACACUUAUUAGUUGUCCUUUUUACGGAAAGUAAGCUCAAAGUGACUUAACGUAUACUGCAAAAAUGAAAAGCAAUAUAAAACUAGAACAAAACGAAAGCUAACAACUUUUGUAUACAUAAACGGCAUCCUAGCACGUCCCACCCACUGAAGGAGGCUGCAGGAUCUGAAACACUCCAAGUUAAAAGCCGAUUGACAUGGAUUUGGCUUAUCUGCACUUAUUUGCCCCGCUCUUUCAAGGCACAGGUCCACACUUUAAAGCUCGAUGUUCAAGUUUUUGUGGUUUUUUGCCCAGAGCUUUCCCUGGUAAAACCUGCUCUUUAGUGUUCAGUCAGAGCAAAUGUCAGUUCGGGUUUUCCAUGGAUUGAUGUUUGUGCCAAUGGAGCACUAAAGAUCGAGUUUUUGCAGGGAAAGCUCUGGAGCAAAAAGGGGGGGCACUCGGAUACAGAGCUUUAAAGCACAGGCUGUGCCUGGAAAAAGCAAAGGGAAGGGAAGUGUUGAUAUGCCCUCUGUUAUGUAGCAAGCCCACUUUCUCCCCAGACUUUGGCUUUUGGAGUAAGGAAGGUGAUGGGGAAAUACUCCAGGAAGUGCUCGAAUCUAUAACAUAGAACCUCUCUGCAAACAAACCAGGAUGGUUGUGCAUUAAACAGCAGAUGUCAUGUCACUUCCCCACAAACGCUAUGCAAACAAGUGAGGAUGAAGGCACAAGAAGCAGGUCAUCUGGAAGUGACUUGGAGUAGGUAUCUGACAAAUCUGACACACUGACAAAUUCAAAUGUGUAAACCCCCUUGGGUUCACAUGUGAAACUUACGAUGUCCCUGAUUCUGAGUCCAUGAUCUCAGAGGGGAGGAGUCAGCCCCUUGGGCACAUGUGCCCAAAAUUUCAGAUCAGUGGCCCGAGGGGGGCUAUUUAGCAUCCAGCCUCCUGUUCUGACAGUGACCAAUAUCAGGAACCAGAGUCAGGGGUAGGUCAGCAAUAAAAACAUUGAAUGAAGUUUACUCUUUAUUCAAAGAAACCAGAAGUGCAGGCCUGAUGAUCACAGUAACUCUUCCCAGCAGGUCUUGUCCCAAUGAGGCAGUUGCAAGGACCCUGCUCUCUUUCCCCCGCUCUCUAAGGCUCCUUUCCUGGUUCCUUCCCCAGCAACCUGAGGCUCCCUCUCCAUACCUCUUCUGGUUCUGGGAGACCAGGCAGGAAGGGGAGCUUGCCGCAGCAGGAGGGGGAGACCCCCUGGCUUCUUCAGCAACCUGCCUCAUUGCUGCUGCUUGGCCCCAUCCCUUCCCAGCCUCCUCUUCUGCCCCUGAUUCUGGGCUUCUCUCUGCCAUAGCCUCUUCCUGCUCACUAAACCCUGUUACCUUUUCAGCUUCCGACACCACCUCCACCUUCUCCUUCUCCUUCUCCUUCUCCUUCUCCUUCUCCUUCUCCUUCUCCUUCUCCUUCUCCUCCUCCACCUCCUCCUCCCAGGCUUCUCCCUCUGACCACUCAUCAUAGUCCCACCACCAGUACCCUGGUUCUGAGUCUUCUUCCCUGGGGGGGAGGGUUCCCCAACUGGUGCCUUCCCCCCCCCCAUUCCUCUGCAUCCAUCCAGUCCUUGACAACCAGCCAGAUGCCAUUAUGGGAAGCCCACAAGCAGGACCCAAGUGCAAGAGAAGUGCUCUUCUCACUUGUGAUUCCUAGUAUCUGACCUUCAGGCCUCAACUCUGGAGGAAAAGCACAGCCACUGUGGCCUUAUGCAGAUAGCCUAAUUUUCCAUGAAUUUGUCUAAUCCUCUUUUAAAGCCAUCCAAAGUAGAGGCCAUCACUAUAUUUUGCAAAGUUACAAUGAACUAUGGAUCUGUACCCUUACAUGCAGGGAUAUUUUUUCCUUUUUUUACACAGAUUGCAAGGAGCAAGCACAAUAUGGAUUAAGACCAUGGGGGUUGUUUUCCCCUUUGAUCUGCGCCCAAUCUGGACUGGUCUCCUCCUGCCUGCAGUUUGCACUGGGGGGGAACCUCCAGUUGGGAAAGGGUUAAAGCCCCCAGAUCCCCAUGCUGAGGUCCUGGUCCACGCUGGCAUCUUCUGGAGGGAAUGAAAAAGCAUUUAACAGUACCGCUAAGUAGCUAAGACAUUGCCUAGUUUGGCUCUCCUGCACACUUUUUAAAGCUGACCCGGCAAUUCCCUCUCUCCGAGCUGCCGUUUCCUUAUCUAGGAAUGUGCAUCAAAGUUUGUUUCUGUGACCCUGUGAAAAAAUUCAACCUCUUCCCUCCGGGCUUAGCAGCAGAUUUAGGAGUAAACCUUCUGAAUAAUAUCCAAAGAGGGAUUUGAUCCCAUCGAGACCUUGUGAGUUUCUGCUGAGUAUGAUUUGGCACGGAGGGACUCAACCAGCCCUUAAUUAAAAUAUUCAGUUUGCUUUGCUGUUGAGCAUUAUGCUUUUAAGUUGCCUGUCUGGUGGGGGGGACGGGACGGGACUGGAGAACAGACGCUUACAUUAUCAGCUGCAAAAUAUCUCCUCCACACGAAAGGCUGCCAAUGUUUGUUCCCCAGUUGGAGAAAUUCCAUGUUGUAAGGCUGGCCUAUCGGUGCUGGCCCCAGAACCACACAGUAAAUCCUGUGGAUUGUAUCUCUUCUUAAAUGGGCAAAUGUUUCAGAUGUCCAUAGCUGCCCCAGCGGCUUUUAAAAAUGGCAGGUAAAACCUACAAGUUCUUGGGAUCUAAAAUUAAUGGGUUAGGAGUUUGUAUGUCUCCGUACCUUCCAACCACCCACUGAUUAAAAUCACGAUGUGUGGCUUUCAGUGUUGUGCUCCCAUGCAAGCCAGCUGGGGCUUCCUCACCCCAGCUCCCUGUCUCUGUUUCCACCAGCAGCUCCCUCAGCGCCAAACCAGCAUCUCCAGCUCCUCCUCUUCCCUGUUAUCAUCCUCAUCUUUGUCAGCUUCCUCUCCUUUGGUGAGGGCAUGGUCGAGCAGGAGGCAUGGUGUCUGGGCCUGGCGGAGGCGGCCCAGCUCCUCCCUCCACCUCCAUGGGCACCUUCUUUUGAAUGGGAGUCUUUUGGUGCCAAGCUCUCAUGGAGCCAGCUGACUGGCGUGAGAACUUGGCACCGAAAACAGGACAUCCAAUCGUGAUUUUGGUGUGCACUGGUCAAAUCUGGACUGUUGACAGGUAUGAGUCUCGAGCCAACAAUCUACCCAAGGCAGUAUCCACAGACCUCCCAAAAAGUAAACCCCCUUCAGAUUAUAAUGGUGACCCAGUGACUACCUUCACACCCUGUUGGCUUCCAGAUGUUUUGGACUACAACUCUCAUCAGCCCCAGCCCAUGUGGUCAUGCUCCCAUCAUCCCUAGCUUCAUGCAGCCAUGCUGGCUGGAGCUGAUGGGAGUUGCAGUACAAAGCAUCUGGAGGGCACCAGAGGCUGGAGAAGGUUAGGGGCAGAGAACCUGAAGGUAUCCUGUGGCUGAUCAACAGCCUGAUGCAGUACAAGGCAGCUUCCUGGUUCCAGCCCCUGACAGGAAUAAUCACGAUCUGCAGAUGGAAAACUACAAAGGCCUGUUCAGACUAAUCUGGAGAACAGCACCAGAGCAGCUGCAGUCGAGGCCUGGGUGAUGUAUUGAUACAUCGUCCAGGACUGGUUUGAGGGUCAGAGCGCAAUGGCGCCUUCACCCAGUGGUAGAUUGUGGUUGGGCCUUCGUUACCUACUUCUUCGUGGGGCUGGAACUGAUGCUGGAUGUUCCUCCCUCUGCUUUUCACAAUGUAUCACUAUAUUGUGAUGUUUAGCUGGUGAUACAUCAUGAUGUUGAGAAGCCGAUAUCGCCCAACCCUACUCAUAACACUAGAACUUGCGGACGUCCGUUGAAGCUGAAUGUGGGAAGACUGAAGACGGAUAAAAGAAAGUACAGUCAUACCUCGGGUUACAGAUGCUUCAGGCUGCGCAUUUUCGGGUUAUGGGCGUGCCAAAACCCGAAAGUACCAGAACAGGUUACUUCUGGGUUUCGGCGCUCGUGCAUGCUCAGAAGCGCUAAAUCGUGCUUUACGUAUGCGCCGAAUCGCAACCCACGCGUGCACAGACGCAGCGCUGCAGGUUGCGGACGCUGCGGGUUGCGAACGUGCCUCCCGCACGGAUCACAUUCGCAACCCGAGCGUCCACAGUUCAGUGGUACCUCUACUUACAUUCACCUCCGGUUACGUAUCCUUCAGGAUAUGUAUGCAGCAAACCUGGAAGUAUUUUUCCAGGUUUUGCCAUGCACGCAUGCGCAGAAGCGGCACCUCCGGCUAUGCACACCUCGGGAUCCGACCGGAGCUCCAGAAUGGAUCCCGUGCACAACCGGAGGUACCACUGCACUUCUGUACGCAGUGCAUAGUUAACCUGUGAAACUCCCUUGCACAGGAGGUAGUGAUGGCCUCCAACUUGGAUAGCUUUAAAAGAGGAAUUGACAAAUUGAUGGGCUCACUAGCUGUGAUGGCUGUGCUCUGCCUCCGCAGCUGGAAGCAGCAAUACUUCUGAAUACCAGUUUCUAGAAAGGACAGGAGGGGAGAGGACUAUUGUGCUCGGAUCCUGCUUGUGGAUUUCCCAUGAUGGGCAUCUGUUUGGCCCCUGUGAGAAGAGGAUACUGAUCCAGCAGGCUGCCCAUCCAGACUGCUGACCUGUUUGUUGCAUGGGUGUGUUUAUAAAAACACACCAGACCUUUUGUAUUUGUUUUCCAGGGUUAGGCUACAGCUGCUUUGCCUUUUUGUGCAGGAUGGUGCUGUUCACUCACAAUACUUGAACACUGCAGGAAAAUAAACUUCCUGAUGUGCGAUUUGCAAAAGCGAGGGAAGGUUUAGCCUGUGAUAGAGCUGGCGAGCCAGAGGUUUAGAGGUCUUAACCUCUGACCUGUGCGAGGUCAUGACUGCUAAUCUCCAUGGACUAGGAAAUAGCUCCUGUGUUCCAGACACUUUUUUUAUCAGCAGGCAAAAGAAACCUCUCUCUUCAGCCAUUGCCUUGGCGGGGCGGGGGGCUGCCUAAUUCUCUGGGGGGGCUCCCGGGGAGACUUCAUUGUGGAAUUGGGGUUGCCCACACAUGCGGGGUGUUUUGUUGCAGUGUCUACUCGGCAUCAUUGUCGUAAAUAGACACACACUCCAGCUAUUUAAUCCUGAUUGCCCUUGUUGUCCCUUGUACAAUCCAAUAAGUUAAAAUGACACCUCACCAAUUACCCAUUUGAAAUUGUUGAACGGCCCGUUUGGAAUAUCAAGCUCCUGUCUAGUAGCAGUUUGGGGCUACUGUGGCCGCAAUACACACCAUCCAUUGAAAGCACAUGACCUUCCCCAAAGACUCCUGGGAACUGCAGUUUCCCUCUCUCAAAGCCAUCUCCUCAGCCUCCCCGCCCCCAAGUAAGAACCAUUUUCAGGUGCAUUUUUCAGACUGAGGACGCCUGGCAUGGCAAAGAGCUGAGCACCACCUCAUGUCCUGCCUUUGGGGUUACAUGGCUUGUACAUGUGGUUUGCUAAGCGUCUCCUAGCAACUCCCAGCACCCUGCACAAACUACAUUUUUCAGGACACUUGGCAGGGGUGAAAAAGUAUGGUCGUUAAAGUGGUAAAGGUAAAGGGAUCCCUGACCAUUAGGUCCAGUCGUGGCCGACUCUGGGGUUGCGGAGCUCAUCUCGCUUUAUUGGCCGAGGGAGCCGGCGUACAGCUUCUGGGUCAUGUGGCCAGCAUGACUAAGCCGCUUCUGGCAAACCAGAGCAGUGCACGGAAACACCGUUUACCUUCCGCCAGAGCGGUACCUAUUUAUCUACUUGCACUUUGACGUGCUUUUGAACUGCUAGGUUGGCAGGAGCAGGGACCGAGCAACGGGACCGCCGACCUUCUGAUCGGCAAGCCCUAGGCUCUGUGGUUUAACCCACAGCACCACCUGCGUCCUAAAGUGGUAUAAGAGUGCUUUAAAUGCACAGUGUGGAAGGGAUGCUGGAGGAGCGCUAGGGGAGGAACUGGCUGCGUCAGCCCAGUGCUCAGUGAGCUGUUUAUGAGCUCUGAGCCUUGGGAGUGAUGAGAAAGAGAAAGUGAUCAUGAGCUCAUUGGAGGAGCUGAGCGCCUUGCCAAGCAUCCAAGCAAGCCUCCUGGUUCCCAUUCCACAUCACUGAGCAGCAGGUUAAUCCCAGGCCAUUCCUCUUGGCUGUAAAUGAUUAGCGAUUGGGUGGGGGGAAGUGGCCUCACCUGGUAUCGCCUGAGAUAAUGGGCUAAGCAGAAAUUCACUCUUAUGCUGGAGGGGAAGCCUUGUCAACCGAUGGUCUUGGUUCUGUUUCCACUGCAAGCCUUUACAUUGGAGAGCGGUUGGGGGUGAUGGAAAUACAAAAGCAAAACAGUCUCUCAAGCAUGAAGUUUAGUUCGUUUCUCUGACAACGGGCUUAGUUUUAACAGCAUCAGGCACCUUCUUAACCAUCUUUCAGCUGGUUAAGGAAUUUUAUAAACAGCUUCAAUAAUCUCUUUGUUGGAAGACCCCAGUAAAAUAAUUAUGAAUGAUAUGUAGAGAAAAUCAGCAUAAUUUAAAAGCAAGCAUACAAAACUAAAUUGUGAGUCCCAAAAGGCCCUGAUCCCACACACUCCUCCACAUUCAGCCUGACCCCCCAAACAGCCAAAAGCAAACUUUCACACCAUAUUAGCAUUGGGGGCUGGGGGCUUCUCCAAGAGGAUUAGCACAGCUGAAAUAAAGAGUCUGGAGGAAGCCUCUUGGGUGUAAAUUAAGCUAUUUUAAAAAAAGAAAAUAGUGGAAGAUUAGGAGACAGAUCAUCAUUCAGGCAAUGGAUCCAGUUGUAACAAGUUGCCAAAGCCUGAGGUCAUCCUAAUCCACAAGAGUCUGAAAAGUGGCUCCCUAUUCCUUAGUGUGCAUGUGAUCUUCCCCACCUUAUAGUUGUGAUAAAAAUAAAAACUGCUCCUUUUAUAGAGUCCUUUUGUAGGUUCUCUAUCGGUAGGAGAAAAUAACAGAGACCAGCCAGAGAAUAUUGAGAAGCAAAGCAGCUAGUAAGCCUGAUCUUUAUUAACUGUUACAACAGGGUGCUCCCUCACACACAGGAGAGGAGGAAGACCCCGAGCCAUGCGCACAAGCCCUUAUGUAGACAUUUUUAAAUUGCCCGCCCUGGAUUCCAAGACCACCCCCAGAAACAUCAUACCUACAUCACAGAAAAGGCAGUCUACAACAGAAAUCUGAGUGCUUUGUUUAUCUCCUAUCUGGCAAAUUACCUGAUUGCAUUAUCUGGGUUUUGGCCACUCUUUUGUUAUUAUAACUACUUAAUUCCCAAAUCUAGGUCACAGGUCACAGGCUCACACCCUGUUCAUAUCUUGAAUGUGCCCUUGAGACAGGAUUUGUGAGGACAGGAUUUGUGAGGAAAAAGACAAUGGGGAGGUUUCCCACUUUGACCUUGCAGAGAAAUAUUUGAGGUCAAUUUGUUCAGGACCUUUUUGGUGUAGUUUCAGACAUGUGGUUUAUAUAUACAGUUAUGAACAUUUAUUAUUUUAAUAUAUGACCUUAAAAUUCUUAUAACAGUUGGAAAGAGAUGAUCUUGAAAAAGUUAGUAUUUGCAGAUGUCACUGCUGGUGACAUAAAUUUCUUCCAAAGUGAGUGCUGGUGAUUUCUGUGAGCAUGGAACACUGGAACAGGCUGACAGAGGUUCACAGGGGCUACUUUCUGAUGAGAAAGAACAUGCAGAGAUUGCUUGGUGUGUGUGUGUGUGUGUGGGUGGGUGUGUAAAGCAGCAGGUGGUGUGGAUGGGAGGAGUGUCUCCAGGUUGCGAAUGAGAUGCACAAACCUUCCCUUCCUCUUCUAGUGAGGAUCUAAGCCAGGGCUCAGCAAACUUUUUCAGCAGGAGGCUGGUCCACUGUCCCUCAGACCUUGGGGAGGCCGGAAUAUAUUUUGGGGGGGAAAUGAACAAAUUCCUAUGCCCCACAAAUAACCCAGAGAUGCAUUUUAAAUAAAAGCACACAUUCUACUCAUAUAAAAAACACUGAUUCCUGGACCGUCCGCGGGCCGGAUUGAGAAGUCGAUUGGCCUGCAUCCGGCCCCUGGGCCUUAGUUUGCCUACCAUGAUCUAGGCAGCCACAGGAAAGAUUUGGGGCAGAAUCCCUGUUCCCACAUCAAUCGCUGCAAUGUGGUUUUUAGCACUCCAUUGUUUUUUCACCCAGGGGAACAUUUAUCUUGAAUAUGGACAGAUCUGAGAUGAGUGAUGGUGGGAUGCACUCCCUUCCAGCAGUGCAGCAUCUGUUUCACAUCAGGAGAGGCAGGAUGGGAUUGGGGGGGCAUUUGCAUGAGUGCUUCAGGUGGUGGAAGGGGAGGGGACAGAAGAUGGGCAGCAGAGUGUGGGAACUGAGAUGUGCCUCCCCCCCCCCCCAGUUGUGGGAUGAGAAAGGCAAACCCUUCUUCUCCCUUCCUGGCUCUAAUGGGAGAAGACUGUGAAUCAAAGGAGAGAACGUUUUUCUCCCUCUGUCACAGCAAGCAGAACUCAUGGGUAUCCAAUGAAGCUGAAUGUAGAAAGAUUCAGGACAGGUGAGUUCCAGCAUUCUGUCAGAGCCUUGGCACCUCCUUCCCAAAGCCCGGGAAGCUUCUGCCUGGCUUGGGGGGGCAGACACGAUUCUCAUGUGUACAAUGUUGCCCCCCACAAUGGCCCUCACAAGCUGGUGCCUCUAGCCCCAACCGUUCCCUUGCAAAAAUAAUUCACCACACACCACUGCUCAAAUCCCGCUACGUUGUUUUCUUCCUGCAGGUUUUGCCUGCGAGCGCGACAGGCUCUCCUUCAGCUUCUGCCAGACGCUGCUGUUCCUGGGCAGGUGCCACCUCCCUACCGUCAGCCUCCAGUGCUGCCAGACGUGCCGUCAGCAGGGCCACGGCCCCCGGGACCGCGGGAACGAGCGGGCUUCCCGGAAGUGAGCACUCCCAUCACCUCAGGACCCUUUCAGGCGCAAAGAAGCCAGCGGUGGCCUCGAGGGAGAAAUGGCUGCCUAAGACACCUCGCGGGCUGCUUUGAAGGCAGCUCAGCCACCAUCUCUGUCCAAUUGCUCUCCUCUCCUUCCUCCCAUGGGACCUUGGCUGGUGCUGUUCACCAAGGUUGGACAGGCAUGGUGCUUUAACUCCAGUUCCUCUCACCAAACUGCCCUCAGGGCUACCCAAGUCUGCUGCCCUCCAAUGCGCAGCAGAGGAGAAUCUGCUCUGCAAGGCCACGCACUGCAUCCCACAAAAGCAAUAACUCUUGGCAUGAUCUCAGAAACAUAUCUGGUGCUAUCGUCGGGUAUAUUCAGGUUUCACUCGGUGUUGGCGGGCCAGCACGAAACUCUUGACUUGAGUGAUUUCUUUUUUUAAAAAAACAAACAAACAGGAAACACACACAAUUUUAUUUUAUUUUGUAUUUUGUAAGAACGGGCAUCCAGCAUACCUGACCAAGUCGCUUGACUGUUUGGUUGCAUUUAUUGUGACAGGGAUGCCUUUCUUCCUGGUGGUUGGUGGGAGGAGCUCAAAGCGGCAGUGAAAUGCCCCCCCAUUUCAAACUCGCUGAGCCAGCUGAUCAUCACACUUGCUCUAGCUGGGAGGACCAAAGCAUUGGGGUUAUGAGUUGUUUGGUUUUCACUCAAGUUGAACUAAAGCUAACCUCUCUGGCUUGAGUCUUUGAAUAAUAGAACUGUAGAGUUGGAAGGGACCACGAGGGUCAUUUGGUCCAACCCCCUGCAAUCUGUGGGGCUCAAACCCAGGAACUUGACAUUAAGAGUCUCAUGCUCUACCGACUGAACAAUCCUCCAUAUCUAAUGCCCUGUUCUCUGGCUCAGCAGUUCAAUAUCUGUCAGGGUGAGCUGCCCUUUCUCUCUAGGCUGCUCGCUUGGUUACCCCAAAAAAGCCCAAGACUAUCAAGAUCAGUUUCUGGUUUCCACCCCCACCCCCCUUAUGUAGCCCUGGAAGUUGGGACUGCAUUUGUAGUAUCAUAUCAAUUUCCUUAUUGUCAAGAAGGCACCUGAUUUAAGAACACUUCAUUGCUUUCUAUCGUGCACUGAUAGUCUCGUUUGGGUAUUUAGCAUGUGUUAAGCAAGGAAAAGGGAGCCUGUGGCCUUCCAAGCAUUGUUGGGACUACAUUAUCCCUGUGUCAGGAUCCUGACCAAUGGCCUUGCUGGCUGCUGUGAACUGGAGCUCAACAUCUGGGGGGAGCCCAGAGGUAGGGAUGUUGGGAAAUUCCAAUGGAUGAAGAAAUGGGUAAUACUUCCUUCUUCCUUCCAUGUCUGGAAUAGUAAUCAAUCCAGCAAGUAUGAUCAGGACUCCACUCGUUGUUUUCAGUUCACAGCAACAGUCAUGUUAUAUAUGGACAUCGUAACCAAAACCCCAUUCUUUCAGGGUGCCAAGGUGGCAUAACACCAAAAUCCUUCAGUAGUUAAGUUAUAAUUUGCCAAUGUGUUUUUUCUAGAAGUCUGAUAAGGCCUCAGCAUUCUACUUGUGUCAGGGAUACACCCUCUCUCUCUGAAAGGAUCAUUGUAGACUUUCUAUGAAUAUGGAAUUAACAUGUCAUUAUUAUUUUUUAAAUAAAAAAUACAUGGGAAACCAUCUGGCCCUGAAGAUUUAUUGUUCCUUAACUUGGAAUUUUCAUAUGGACUGAAUUUUUCUCAUCUAAAAUGGCCUUAUGUUACAGGUUUGUUUUCAUUCUAGCCAAGUAAUUUGCAAAGAAGACUGAUUUAUAUAAUUUGGCAUAAUAUUAUGUGAACUUUUGAUGAAUGCACUUGAAGUAUCUUUGUCUAUAUGACUAGAGAACAUUUCCGUACUUCUUUGAAAGCUGAUAAUGUCAAGGUUUGAUUGCCAGAUGCACAGCAUUUCUGAUGCAGAUCAAUCAAAGAUUUGGUUAUUUAGUGCAAAUAGUUUUAAAUUGUUCUCAAUGCAUGGUGGGUAACAAAUACUUUACAGUGUGAAAGCCAGUAAGUAUCAGCAGAACUAGCCGUGGAUCAGUUGCAUUAUGUCAACGCCAGACCAAGGCUGUCUUCUUGUCUCUGUCUAGGGGGAGUAACAAAACCAAUUAUUUAAGACCACAUCCAAAUUUCUUCUCUCUCCCAUGCCAGCCAUGGAAUUUCCCCAGUGAUUCAGCACAGAUACAUGGGAAUAAAAAAAACAACAACCAACUCUUUUCAAGGAGAUGUUAUGGAGGAGUAUCUUUUUAAUGUUUUUAAAAAAUGUCUGUAGCUCUCAAGUGUGUUAAAUUAAAUUGUUAU